UAUGAACCCUGGGAAUGAUCAUAACUCUGAGACUUUCUACAGGGAAGUGAAUUCUUGCGGGUGCAUUUGAUUAGUUUUUACUUUCGUUACUCAAUAUCACGAUGCCGUAUGUAAGGUGAACAAUAUCAAAGAGGAAGUGACAUAGCUGGCUUUUUCAUGUCAUUUCCGUGGCAUCUUCCAAGUAUCAGCAGGCUGCGAGCUGAGGAGUUGCUUCUAAGCUCCGGCAAAAAUGGUGCCUUUAUUAUCAGAGACAGCGAAAGUGUUUCCAAUGCACACACCCUCUCUUUAUUGUAAGUAUAUAUGAAUAUUGCACUGCGUCACUGCUUAUGUAGAAGUUUCAAUUUAAAUAAGGCAAGGUCGGUCCAUUCAUGUCUCGGUCUAUUAAACUUCUGAUAAAAAAAGUGCUUGUUGUUGAAUAUUAAUGUUGCGGAUAUUAACGUGACCUAUUAGACUGUAGUUAAGCUUAAUUACGGUGCUGUAUCAAGUAAAUAUUAACGAAAUCCGCUUCUAGGCAGUUGAAAAGAGAAGUGUUUGGUAUUUAACAGGAAAACUUUAUAUUUGUCAUAUCAUUUUACAGGUUUACAUUUUGGGAAUCUCAUAAGUUAAUUAUAUUUCCUAUAUGUUUCAGUUUCAAUCAAAUGUUUCUUCCUUUUAGGAACACAGUUUGAAAAUAAACUAGAGCUCUGUUUUGCAUUUUUUAACAUUUUUAAAGAAAUUUUAGAUUGGGUCGGUUUCAUUCUUGAUCUGAACUCCUCCAGUUAAAUGCACACUUAUGCACUUUAAAUAAUACCAUUUUGUAGACACGAGGGGAGAAUCCACCAUUUCAGAAUCUUACGAAGGGAAGGCAAUGGAGCUUUCUACAUGCAGGUCAGUUGCAACAUCUCUGACUUCAUUAGCACAAAAUGCUGAAUGUAAACAGUUUAUUUCACUUGAAAGAGCCUGUUUACAUAAGUUGGCUCAGGCUGGACCAGUUUGGUGAUGUCACGGCAUGUCAAUAGCUGUUAUGCAUAUUUACAUCAGACAAGCAAAUUUGACCAACAUCAAGCCUCAUCUAGACAUUGCAAUAAAGUUAUACCUGCCAACUCUCACGCCUUAGGUGUGAGUCUCACGCCUGAGGGUUGAAAACUUCUAUCUCACUCCGGCUCACGCUUGCGGGCCAAUUUCUCACGCCUGAUUGAAAAAUGUGAGUUGUUGCCGUCUUGCUUGACACAAUUUCCAAAAAUAUGUUAACUCAGACCCAUGUAAGGAACGAAAACCAUGUGUAAAAUGAAUAAAUGACAAUACCUUCCUCACGAUCUCUGAUUUUGUGGAUAAGCGUUUUCUCGAUAACUUCGACUUCGGACGUCUUCGGAAGACUUCGGACUUCUUCGGGAAUCUUCGGAAAUGAUCGUGUCAUCUUCAAAAAUCCUAGCACUCCCAGGAUAAAAAUCUCAUGCUUAUAUCUCAGAAAAAGUUGGCAGGUAUAUAGAGUAACAAAGUUUUACAUAAAUAAAUUCUCAGUGGUAAAGAAUUGAAAAGAAUAGCCAGCAUACACAAAGGGUUGCAAACAAUGGCGACUUGGUGGUGAAAUUUGCUCAUCUGACAUACCGGUCAUCAUGCAUUAGGGCCAUUAAACACAAUGAAAAUCGACUUCAUGAUUACACAAUGAUCAAGUAGGAAAUUUAUCGACUUCAUGGUUACACAAUGAUCAAGUAAGAAAGUUUCUGUGCAAUCAUGCUUGUCGGGCCAGCCCUGCAAACCCAACAAACCAAGUAACACCCUGCUCAUGUAUACUGCUUUCAAUCUCUCUAAACAUGGCAGGUCUCAGCUGGCUCAAUUCACGUAUUAUUUAGAUAUUUACCUGGCCCAUAAUCAUAAUCCAGGGCUUGUAGUCUAGCAGCGACCAGGCCUGUGGUACCUAACUUUUGCUCCCGGACAACGAGAAAAUCUUAGUUUUUUUCAUACACCUCAUAAUGCUGGGUGCCCUGGAUUUCACGUAAGUUCCCUUCAAUUUUUCGUAGAGCACAGCCUUGUAAUCAGCCCCUGACCUUUUCACACCUUCUAGUGGCUAAAGGAAUAGUUCAUAAAGACAAAACAAAAAAAUUUUGGUAAAACCAAAUAAAUAAAUAGUACCAAAUGCGGGUAAAAGCUCAAUUCAUUGCCACGGGGCAUUAUCUUAAAUGGAGUCGAAAAAAUGACAGGUAGAAUAUUUUUACCUGUCCACCAACAUCCAAGCUGAACAAUAAUUUAAACAUUUAUUUUCCUUUUUUUAGCGAUAACAAAAUUGAACUGUGGUUUUACAAUUGACAAUAUUAGUAAUAAAAUGAUAGAAGCAAUGACAUGUCAGUUUAUUUUGUCUCAGCCUGUUUAGGCCUUUGGUGCCCAUAGGCAUCCACUAGUCUCCUGGGUUUUUUAGCAUCAUCCAUCCAUAGUUCAAUGGCAGGCUCAGGGUUCAAGUUCUUUACAGUGACCCUGCUAAGGGCAACAUGCAUGAGGUCAUUAAGUGAGUCUUCUUUGAGAAGGGAUUUUUGGGUUUUCUGAUUCUCUUCUACAUGAACUUCUUCCACUUCAACCAUUUUAGUGAAGGCGAUCCAUAUCAUUAUCCGAUUAUAGGUUUAAUGCAAAUCACAAUGUAACAUGUUGCGCACUACCGAUUGCAUCAUCUCGUUUUUAUUUGGCUGAGAAUGACCCUAGACUGCUCAAGAAUAGCACGCAUGCUGGUGGAAAAUGGAUGGGAAAUUGUGAUGGUGAGUGGACAGGCAUCAAUAUUUUUACCUGUUUUUGUCUGAAAUCGACAGGUAGAAAGGGAAGGAGGCAGAUGUUGCAUUUAUUCUUGCAAGUGACUGCUCAAGGAAUAAGAAAAGAUCAGAAAAAACCUGACAGGAAUAAGAAAGAUCAGAAAAACCUGCAAAGCAAGCUCAACUAGUCGAUUAUUGCCCCAAAACAGGACGAUCACAAAGCAACGAACCUUAAAACCUGAAACAAACAAAACGGAUCGAAAUCCACCAAUCACAAAUCACAAACCGUGACCUUUUGAACUCAUGCCAGUAAACAUGUAUGUCCUAAGAGGUCCGCUAAGAUGAUUGACGGAACAGAAAAAGCCAAAAUUUCUUCAAAGUUUGCAAAACACACUGCACGAUACAACGAAUUUCGCUGUAAAACCAAAAUAUACAUAUUCAAUGGUGUCACCAAUGAUUAGCCUUAAUUGUCAGUAAAGAGACAUCUGUUAAUUUUAUUUCAAGGCUGUCCCCGGUGCCCAAGCUCAGGAUUUCAGUAAGCUUGAACAUCUGGUCACUUUCUACAGUCAAGCAAAUAAUGGUCUACCCUGUGAGUUAAGGCAGCCAGCAAUGGCACCACAAGACAGGGAUAGUAUUACUGAUGAUGAAACAGGUGAGAUUAGACAGGGUUCACAAAUACACCAAAAUUGUUCAGAUGACUCCACUGAGGUUACGGAGGGAGUCACUUCGACUCCAGAAAUUUUUGGUAACAGACACAGUUUUGUCCUUACCUUUUUCACAACAAAUACAAUUUACGUUUAUUGUAAACGUUGUAAACCUUAAUUAAAUCGUUGAAAUUAAAGAAUUAUACUGCACGACAAAACAGGAAGAGGGUAAAUUACAAUCAAAGUUUACUCGAUGACCGCCAUCAUGGAUUUGAGCUUUCCAGGUCAGCAGACUGCCACAGCUACUUCGUGUAUCCCUCAUGAUAGUGUAUACAUGCCAGGACCACAUGCUGGAAAGUCUGAAAAUUGCUUUUUUCACUGUGAUGCUUGACUCCAAAUAUUCCAAAAUGACUCCAAAAUUUGUGAAGCAGAAGUCACACUGACUCCACUCAUCAAUAAAAUUUGCAAACCCUGUUAGAGCAGAGCUGCAAAUAACAGUCAGUCCAACUAAAAUGUCCCCCACCCAAUGAAAUCCUACCUGGAGUUAGACAUGAUGACCAGACAGAUCAAACGAAUUGUUACCAAAGACUAUCAUUUAGCAGCUGAAAAACAGGUGCAUAGUAUGUUAAGAAAAAUACAGUCAAACCUCCUUUAAAUGAUCACCAAAAAUGCAGAGAUUUAGUGGUUACUCACUGGAGGUGGUUGCUUAUGACAAUCCAACCACCGGGGGUCUCAUCUGAGAAGAGUUCCCAACAUGUCUACUCUUUGGCAGAGAAUUCACUGUAUGCAAUUUCUAAGUUAUGCUUACCUGUAUGUUAUGGGUCAAAAUGAAAUUCAGGGCAAAAUUUUUUAACCUGUGUUGAUUUUCCUUUUCCUUUGUCUCCAAGCCCUAAUUCGUGAAUAAUUAAGGCUAGGAGAAAAGCGAAAAUGAGAAUCAACCUAGGUUAAAAUUUUUGACCUGUAACAUAUACGUGUUUUAUAAUAUUCGCACCCCAUACCCUUGUCCUGUUACGGGGUACUAUGUUAUGGGAGGAAACUGCAACUACCAGGACAAUAUAGGUAUGCCGAAUAAUGGGGGUAUGCGACGUCAACCACCACCAGGGUAUAUUACAGGUGGGAGGGGCAAAACUUUGAAGUCACUUCCACUGAACUCUGUUCAACUGGCCCAGAGGCGGGCAAAAGCCAAGCAAUUCUAAGCAAGGGCCACAGUGCAUCAUGCCAAUAGCAUGCAGGCCCAACACAACGGAAUUUAAAGGAGUAUCUUAUUUCCUGCGUCACGGGCAAAUUGUGUAUGAAGUGAGAAUAGUUUCAUUUUGUCACUGAAAGUUCUUUGUAUAUGUUACAGGUCAAAAUUAUAUUCAGGUUAAAAGUUUGUAACCUUGGUUGAUUCCCAGUUUCCUUUUGUCUCCUAGCCCUAAUUAUUCAUGACUUAGGGCUAGGAAACAAAGAAAUUUGAGCAUCAACCUAGGAUUAAAAUUUUAACCUGAAAUAUGUAAUUCUGACCCGUAACAUAUACACUAGGCAUGAGUUGGAUAGUACAUACAUCAGUGUACAGCAUCCAAAGAGACCACAACAUGUGUCAAGCAGUCGCUUACCAAAGCAACGUGCAAAGAAAGUCCGAUAGCCUGGGGCUAGUGGAUUUUGCUAUAAGGCUAGUGAAUUCUGUUUUUAACUGGCCCGACGGGGAAGUGAUGUUUUUUGAGGAAUUCAAAUAACAGAAGAACUGUGAAAUCAAUACUGCUCGUCAAAAAGCUUUUGGGGCUAGUUGAAAUGAUGUCUGGGCUAGUAAAUGCUAGCAUCAGCUUGCCCAAAUGGCAAGCUGUAACAAUGAAUAAUUUCUUUGCACUCUGAAGAGGUUAAAACAAUUGUAAAUUAUGAAGCCAUCAGGCCAAAAAAGUGGUCAAGGUAGCUGAUGGGAGGUGGUCGCUAACAAGAGGUGGUCACACAUGGAGGUUAGACUAACGUGUGUCUGACUUAAACAGUGACCUGGACAAACAUAAUUAUCUCCUUUCCUCAAGGCAAGCCUGGUCAUGCAUACCCUCAUAGAGUGUAUGCCUGACCAGGCUUGGCUGUAUGUGCUAUAAAAAUUUGUUUAUUCAUUCAUUCCAUGUGCAACCACUUAGCUCAUCUCAGUUGCACCAAAAAAAAUUGGGGUGGACACCAACAGCAAGUUUGACUUGAUCCUAGUAGCUGCCAGCUACACUGUAUAUGUUUACUUCAGUCUAGAUUUAGCUUUUUGUACUGAUUUGACUUAAAAUUUCUACUAAUUUUUUGGUCACCAGUCUGACUCCAGUUGUUCAAAAGCUGGAUAGUGCUAUCCAUUGGGUAAAUAACUAUCCAGCAGAUAAGUGUUUAGGGAAACCAGUUGCACUAUUCAGUGGAUAGAGAUUUAUCCGGUGUAUAGCAUUAUCCAGUCUUUGAAGAACUGGGGCCAGAGCAAUUAACUUGGUCAACAAGCAAGUCUGUAAUUUUUUUUUGUCCAUUCUAGAUGACGAAGACGAUGAUGAUGAUGAUGAGGGGAGACAAGAUGCAAACGACUAUGAGGUUCCUCCUCUGUUCAUCAAUAGAACAGCUGAAACAUUGGAUCAGUCACAGAGGUGCAGUACCUGUGGAGAGUUAACCCUUUAAGUGCCAAUAGUGACCAAGAUCAAUUUUUUCCUAACAAUAUCCAUACACUGUCAAGAGAUAAGUUAUGAGAAUUAAUAAAAUGAUCACGUGAGAAAAAAUGCCCUGAUCUAUCAUCAAGUUCUCUCAACUAAUUCCUUAAGGAAAUGUAUGGAGAUCAGUUUGGAGAAUUUGUAUGUGGAUACUGGGGCUUAAAGGGUUAACUCCUUGACCAGAAGGAGGCAUGAAUGAUGAUGUAACAUUAGAUUUUGAUCUUUUUCACUGACUUUAUAUUUUGUUUCAAUACUUUUUACAGCCUUGCGGAUAAGAGCUUUCGUACAGCCCUUGGUGUAUACCUUGGGGAUGGGCUUAAAAAUGACAUGAUCACAGCAGUUAAUGGUGGAGCAGUGUUAGAUGGAAUGCAAACUCUCCUUGCUACAACGUCACUCAACCUCAUAACGUAAGAUAAACAUACAAGCUCCCUGCACAUGCCCUUGGAACUCUUCAAAUUACUUUGUCAACUUCAAAAAUUAUUAUCCUUUACUACUCAAUGUCCCCUUCAAGGUUACCUUAAAGUACUCUUUAGUACCAAAAGUACUCUAAAAGUUAAUAAUACAUAUGAAUUAAUGACAAAAUAAUAUAUUACCUAUUUUGUGUAAUCUUUAGGGAACUUCAGUUAUUUUUAUCAAGAGUGAACAUUCUUCAGAGUGUUUUUAAUACGGGAGGACACAAUAAACUGGUAUGUUUUUGUUAUGCCGUCAGUAAUGCAAAAAUAUAGAGCUUUAAUAAUUAAAUGCAGUUAUAGCCCUUGAUAGGAAAUAGAAAAGAGAGGAAUCAAGGAAAAGGGAUCUGAUAGGAAUAAAUUUGGAAAAGGAUUAGGUAUUAAAUUGGGUGUGGGAAUGACAAUGAGUGUAACAAUUAUGUAAAAUCCUUCCUCAGGUUGAACCAGUAUUCAGCCUUGUUUGAUUCAAAAUUUAGUUUGUUUCCUAGCCUUAAUUAUUCAUAUUCUAGUAAGUUGUAGCUCCAGAAAAUAUCCAGACCUCCACCACGGAGGGAAUUCAAAGUAGACAGAAUGCAAAUUAUAGUAGUUGCUAAAAAAUACAUCUACAAGUCCCAGCUGUUCAUCAGUAGGAUGCCUAAAAUGCGUGCAAUUGCACAAUAUUGGUUUUGGCUCCAUUAAAUCCUAUACCAAUUGCCGAACAUUUUAGGAGGAGCCACCCACCGUGUGAGCACAGUUGCGGACAACACAUAUAAGAGAGGAAAAUAACGCAAAGCAAAACUAAGACGUUAUUUAACGAACUAAAUGUACACGCAACUUAAAUAAAUAAAUAAUGCUCAUGCCCAAAAUUAAAUUGCGCGCGCACACAUACCAAGAUACAACUGAAAUAAAAAUCCAAGUAAUAAAUAAGCAAUGUAGGGAUACGAUGGUGCAAUUUAAGCCUGGAUUGCUAAUCUCAUCACCUGCAGGGCGGCACCAUACUUGUCGGCGAUAAGACCAUGGCGAUUGACGAAUUUAUUAAAUGAAUUCUGAAGUUGAUUGGUUUCAAAGCCUUGUUGUCUGAAUGUCACUUUGAAGCCCCUACCUCCCUGGAUUUUCCAAUUUUGCGGGAAUGACCCGCCGCCCCUCAAGAAUUUCGACAAGUGUGACAAAGAUCCCCCAACCUUGUUUGUUUCAGAAUUUAGCUUUUUUCCCUGCCCCAAUUAUUUAUAGAAGACUUGUUCUAGUAAUACCGAGGGCCUGCGACAUUGAUUGAAGGUCAAAACACGCGAUUAGAUUAUAAGAGACGUACUGUAGAAGGUCCAAACACACAUCAGAUCAGAUUGCAUUCUGUACAUUCCAUCCCAUUCUCAUUCCCCAAUUGAAGCUGGCUAUGUUUGGCUGUGCAUUGCCAUAUGCAAUGGCAACCUGUUGGCGAUUAUGAUUGCGGACUCCUCUUGUCCCCUGCUAGAAAGGAAAUCCUUGUUUAACCUGAGAACAGAUCUUACCUACUGCACAAAAGAACUUGGGGACACUAUUUUUUAUCUGCAAUGGCAAAAAAACUAAAUGGGGACUGGGAUUAUUAUAACUGUGGUGGAUCCAGGGGAGAGGCCUGGGGGAGCCCCUUAAUUUUGGACCAAACUGACGCCUGAAGGGCCAAAAAAAUUUUUUUUUAAGAUCACCCCCCCCCUCCCACCUUAUCUCAGGGUCUUGAUGAGCAGAUAAAUAAAACGUGUAUGUAUGUACAUGUAUGUAUGUAUGUAUGACUGCCCCCCUCCCCCCCCCCUGUGUAGGGGUCUGGAUUCGUCACUGUAUAAAUGAGGGUGGGAUUGGAAUACAAGACAAUACAAGUGGUAUGUGGAUAUGGGAAUGUGAAUGGACAAGUAAUAAAAUGCAAGUCCUUUAUAAAUGUGGACUCGCACUGCAUGUUCUGCAUAUGUUAUUAUCAUCAUCAACCUACUGCAUUCUCCCUUCUCCUGGUAAUAAUACAAUUUUAAAUUUUCUUUCUGUUGUAUUUUUUAGAAAUGUGCACUUCCAGAUCAUUCCAGUGAGGUAGGCAUGUUGUAUUAUGUUAGAUCAGUUUUAACUAAUUAUUUGUUUAAUUAUUUGCUGUAAAAUAUAUUGCUUGGUGACUGAUCAUUCUAGUACAUGUAGACUAUAUUUUAUGGUAGGUCUGUAAUUAACAGUAUUUUAAUACCUCCAGGUAGCUUGCAAAAUUCCCCUUUAGUUAUCUAGGAAAAGAGGGUGUUUUCUGGCUGGGCAGGUUAAUCUUUUAAUUUUUACCUGCCCAGUUGGCAAGAAUUCUUGUAAGUAAAAUAAUCAUUAACUAAGAGAAGCAAGCAGUGGCCCUUCUGGAGGCAGUGUGGCGAGUGUCCAACACAUGGGACUUGCAAUCUGGCAGUCGCUCUGGCCACUUGCUGGAUUCAUUGUCAGUUGUCCCGAGUUCAAACCCUUGACCACGAUUAUAAAUAGCCAACUGGUUGUCUUCCUGCCAGUUGGGGUUUUUAAUCCUGUUAUGUUCUAUUUGGAUUAUUUGUUUCUUUAGUUACUAUUUGAGUGGAGAGCCCUGUAAACAAACUUAAUUAGUCAAACUAGUGACCCCUCCCCUCCCACCCCAAACAAAGUUUAAUUCUGAGCACCAUGGGUGGAAAUGAGUCUUUUUUUUAGCCACAACAUUGCUGAGGGGAGUGGGGAACGAAGAGAUGUACCCAAAGCCGAUCAAAAAAUUGUUGUAAGGAGCAGAGUCCUAUGUAAAAAUUACUUGGAAGGGUUUUUCACACUGUUCCAAGUUCUUUUGGCCUCCAUUGUAGGCAAGCAAUAUGUGAGAGCUACUUAUCCAAAGCUUCAGUUUUGAGCCCUGAGGUCCAUCUUGUUUACUGUUUCAAUGUGUUUUCUUACAGGAGGAACCCAGUUUUAAGCUAUUGAUGGAUCUUCUAGCUGAGAGCAUAGCUGGAGCCAAGUCUCUUCAAACUCAGGUUGAUCAAAAGACACAAUUAUUUUGUUCCAUCGGGGCUGUGCUCUAGCAGAGCCUGGUGGCCCCUGGCGCCUAACUUUUGGCGUUGGCGACUAGGAAAUCUCAGAUUUUUCACACAAAUCAUAUGCUGGGCACCCUAGAUUUUACAGUUUCAGAGCACUGGGCUCCCUUCAAUUUUCCUUAGAGCACAGCCUUGUCCAUGUUCUUCAUUGCCACAGAUAUAGAACCUUGCAUUGGUCGAUCCAGACCUUCAGAUAAGGGAGGGAGGGGAGGGGGUGCAGUGACAAAAAAAAAUUUUGGGGGGCCCGUCAGGCCUCAGUUUGGGCUAAAAAUACUUGGGGGGGUGGCUGGGUCCCCCGGGCGCCUCCCCCUGGAUCUGCCCCUGCCUUGAGACUCAUUUUGUUUGAGUUUCUAUACACUACAUUGUUGUGCCCUUUUUGUAUACCCCCUUUAAAUCAAAAUGGUACUCUCUUUUGACACCAGGAAUAUCUGUAAGAGGUAGCUUGAUCUCCAGGCUUAAAUGAUCUAAUCUUGAAAUUCAUAAGCAGUUAUGUCUCAUGCUACUGUUUGUGUAUUCAUUUUGGUGGACUGUGGGUUGAGUGAAUAGGUUUUCUUAACAUUCAAAUACAUGUAUUAUUAGGUCUUUGUCUUUGCAGCCUUGCUGCUGCCUUAGACAAGGCAUUUUGAUUUUUAUAGUGAGCUUAAUAAAUCUUAGUUUGUUUUUGUGAUAAACAAACUUUUCAUAUAUUUGCAGUGGCAAAUACAAGGGAAGGCCCUUGGGAUCAAUUAAAGUUUCUGGGAAACUGCCCACCUACUCCUCCCCUAAGCUAACAUUAACACUUACUUCUCACUUAGGACAAAAUGAUUGCUUAGGGGAGGGGUAGGUGGGCAGUUUCCCAGAAACCUAAAUUGAUCCAGCCCUUGGGGGCUGCAUUCCUGUCCAUUAUUUUUCAACACCACCCCCCUAUUAUGAUGGGUGCCCCCCCUAUCCUCAACACUGGAUCUACCACUGAUUAGCCUGUGCCACAGAUGAAACCAAGCUUUGGUUAUGUCUAUCAGCAAAACAGUACUGAAAUCCUGGCUUGUUCUGGGCCUCCGUCUCUGUUCCAGGCUUUGAGUACACACCAUGAUUAGCAUGUUAAAAAAGCCAUCAUUAAAUUGCCAAUCAGAUUGAAAGGAAAUUUGAAAUGCAAUGGUGGGUCCCAGAACAAGGAUCUUGGCACUGCUUUGCAGGCAUUACUAACUGGGGUUAGACUAUGUCCGCGACACAGGCUAGCACUAAUCUUUCCUGCAUGUACAUGUAUACCCUGUGAUGGACUAGCAUUUACCUAACAGAAAUGCUAGCUAAAUGAUCCUGUUUGGGUCAUAUAUGUAACUGGCAAAAUGGGUUUCACUUCAACUUUAAUGAGCCACCUGCAGGCUAUCACUCUCCAUUCAAUUUUGUAGAAUCUACUAGCAAAAUACAAUAAUACCAGACACAACUUGUAUGAGUAGGGCAUCUGAGCAGUUCUUUUUGUCACCAGGCAUUAGAUGCUCUUAAGGAAGUGGCAAGCAUUAACCAAGAGGAAGACAAACAAGAGCCAGAGAGGUGUCGGACCUUUGAGGUAACUGUAAUCCACUGUACAUGGAUCGGAAUGUACCUUCCCUUACCAUAGCUAGUGAUAUGGGACAUAUAUGGUCCAAAUAUCAAAAUGGUAUGGGAUAACCUCUGGCCCAUAUGUGGGCAUUAUAUGGCUUUGAUAUGGGUUAUUGUCUCCCAUACCAAACCCAUAAAUAGUGUCUGUUUUAAUUUAGCCCCAUUUUAUUGUCUUUCCCUAUGGGAUUGCUACGUAUUUCGUAAAGUUCCAUAUAUUCCCCAUAGGAUCUGGUAUGGAAAUGAUAUGGGAUAGUCCCAUACCAAUCCCACAUGACGACUGACCUGUCUCUAUGGGAUUGCUAUGUUUUUCGUAAAGUUCCAUACAUUCCCCAUAGCAUAUAUCCCAGGAUUGGUAUCGGACUGUCCCAUACCAAUCCCGUUCCUUGGGAUUGGUAAUUGUACCAUAUCAUUCCCAUAGCAUUCGGGAAAACUGACAUCUGUUAUGGGAAUGCUAUGGGUACUUUUGAUUUUAGCGCCCCAUACCAAUACCGCUGAUCCAAGAUUGACUCCACCACUAUGGGAAACCUAUGGGAUACAACUAGCUCUACUUUAGUGAAACAUGUACAGGUGAACCCAUAGUUCAUCGACAGCCUAGCCCCCAUACCAAUAUUACUUCCAUAAUGCAGGAAAAUUAACUAUCAAUCAUUGACAUCUCAACAAUAUAGUCAAUAUAGUCAAAACUUUUAAUUGUUGAGAUCUCUUGAAACUCAAGAAUUAUAAUGAAACAUGAUGAUAAAAUCCUUAGAAAAAUCUACAAACUGUACAAGCUUGACAUAUCCUGUAAGUUAAUAAACUUUCAAACUGGCACAUCAGAACUGUUUUUUUCUUUUGUUGUAAGUGGAACUCUUAUUCUUUGUGGCCGCCUCGCCUCCACGCAUUUCAUAUUUAUUUUCUGAAUAAUUUGACUCGGAACAGGAGAGUCCUUGGCAAACUUUGAACAAACUUUUCCUGAAAAAAAAAUUGAAAAUUUAUUAGUUUAAAGUCAUGUUAAUGUUGUGAGCCAGUUUUUAUAUAUUGGGUUGUUCCAGAAAAAAUCCACACCCCCCCGACGGAUGGGAUUCUGGAAAUUCUCGCGGGAGGGGGGGUCGAAGACUCCGGAAAUCCAGGCAGGAGGGGGGGUUGACCUUUAAAAAGUCUUCUGUAGGGGUCAUUUCGACCGAUAGUUGAUACAAAUCAAACGUUUAGUUCGAUGACACUUAAGCGCUUUCAGACCCUGAAAAUAGUCAAAAUGUUUUGUUCAUAUAUUUCUCACCUGACAUAAAUGAUAAUCUAAGUUGCUUUACAGGUCCUUUUAUAGCAGAAAAGGCAAAAAAGAUACUAAAGAACGGGCCUGAAGGAACUCCGCAUAACGUUGUUGUCACGAAGAGCGUCAAACGCCUGACACAUUUCUACUCGUACCCAGAGCCCCGCCAAGAGUGAUUUUAUAAGCUAAGAAAUUAUGUAAACACUCGUUCAGGUGUCGAUUCGCAUUUUUUUUUUUUUGCUCCUUUCGUUUUCAGUUCCACGCGAUAGAAUUCAGUAGUUUAAUAUAAGCUGAAGCUUUAGAAAUUAAAACAAAAACAUUUAGGCGUGUUUGCGUGUAUUUUCCAUUAAAAAUAAAUUAAAUUUAAGCCUUUUAUUUUUUCCCGGAAACCAGGCGGGGGGGGGGUCUUCCACCUUGGAAAUCCAGUUGGGAGGGGGGGGUCUUGUGCUUCAGGAAAUCCAGGUGAGAGGGGGGGUUAAAAAAGGACCCCAUCCGUCGGGGGUGUGUGGAUUUUUUCUGGAAUAACCCAUUGGUAAAGUGUUCAAUAAAAUAAGACAUACACCAUUUUAAGUUCUGAUAAUGAACUUAAUAGAUGUCAUUAAUUUUGUUUUAUUUUUAAUAUAAAGUAUUCCUUAGAGUUCUGAUACUAAUGACCCGUGUAGUUGUAUGUUACUUUAGGAUUAAGAAACCUAACCCAAGCUUAACAACAGCCAAAUUAAAUCACUGGUUUUGGGGAAUGUUAUUUUGGGAACCUAAUGGUUUUCUGAAUAAAACUGAAACAGAGCAUAUUAACUUACCAAUGAGGGCAUCAAUGAUCAUUGGAGUCAAUGACUUGUUGAUGUCACCAUUCUUGGUUUUUCUUUCAUUUCCUCUUGCAUUUGAAACAGCAAGUGUUUCUUUGUUGAAGAAUAUAUCGAUGGCAGCAUUGAUAUAUGCUGGCCACGACUUGAAUGCUGAGCAGUAUGCUCGCUGGUGAGGGUACCAAAAGACUCCUGACCCCUCCAUUACUUUUACCAUCUGGAAAUAUUAAAGACAGAAGUUAGACAUUACAUGUAUAUAUGCCACUUGACAAUGUUUUUAUUAAUUUUUCAAUUGACAGCUUUGUUAGAUAAUACGUAUCUUCUCUGUUAUUUCUGCUUAUCUUGGUCUGACAGGACAAUCAAAAUUCAGGAAUUGUAAGAGGUGGUAUGGUCAUUGACUGGCCAGCUAAAACAUGCCAUGGAAGUUGUUCAAUGCGAAAACUACUCAAAAAAUCUUUUUUGAAGGAAAAAACUUAAAAAGCAAUAGAACCUCAUACUACGGCUUAAAAGGAACACCAACUUAUUGCAUAGUGUUUGCAGUCCUGUGCUGCUUAAUUCAGGCACUGUACACUUUCCUCUGGCCCAUACAAUGCUACGAACACUGUUGAUAUGUUGGGCUACACACUUUUAAACAAGAACACUUAAAAGAACAAGACAUUUGACCAAGCUUGAUGCUAAAUGGCCGGCAGUCCCAUAUUCUCAGUAAAUUUCACAAAUCGAGAAAAUUCAGCCGUUCUGAACUAUCAUAAGUCGUGAUCCUGAUCAAACCAGCCGGUUUUGUGGGAUUUCUAUACAUGUAUUAUGGGAUGUUCGUUACUAUUUUCUAUCCAAAGCAUGGCGUGACAGGCGACGUUUGACGUCAUAACAUCUUGACCUUUCAUGCGGCCUCCUUGGAAAACCGGCGGGAAAAGUCUCCACGCGCGCGUUAGUUCCCUUCUGGAGCUGAAAUACACUUCACUUCACUUCUUGUCGACGUUAUGAUGAAACCAAAAAGCUUUUUUGUACAAGAUUAUCUUACCUUUGCGUUGAUAGAAAUAAUAUCGAGUUUUCAGUAUUUGUUCUUUGCCAUUGAGUGGACUGCGAGAUUUACUGAGAAUAUAGGACUGCUAGCCAGUUGAGUUGACCAUUUUCCCUACGGGCCAACAAUAAAUUCGCUUCUGCACUCAUAACUGUAAUCUGUUUCAAUUGUUCUCGAAAUUAAGCCAUUCAUGCCUCAAAACGAACGAAAACACAAAGAAAGAGUCAAUGAGAAAUUGAUAUCAACAUAAAUUCCCAUUGAAAUGUUAUUUCUUUUACCGUAAUGUCCUCUGCAGCUUGAAAAUUAUUGAAAACCCCGCUUCUUCGAAGAUGAAAAUUAUAUCACCCCGCAUUGAAAUAAAAAACAUGGAGUUCCUUGAAGCAGAUUUCAUGAGCUUUAAGCUAUCCUCUUUCCACUAUAGCGACUUCUGAGUAUUCUUUAAAGCUUUUUCGUUCCAUUUUAAAUCUUUUAAAUGUGUGUUUAAAUAUAAGCGUACAUGUUAGUUAACUCCAAACACGUGCAAACAUGUCAUGCUACACUGAUGAGUCACUUACCUUCUCUAAGACGCGCUGGGACACUUUUUUUCCGUGAGUUUCGUGCAGCCAUCGCUGGUUGUAUUUCAGUGUAAUAGAAAACACAAAGCUAAACUGAAAACUCACUCUGGAAUGGAUUCUCAAAAGUACUAAAAGCUUCCUGAAACACGCUGGAAUUUGCGAAGAAAGUGAGAAACAUUAAAAGGACGCGCUCAUUUGAAGCGUUCACGCUAUUGGUUGACAAAACACCACGUGAUCUGUAGCGGGUAAGGCCUGGUGCCGAAUCGACUACGCACGCGCACUCCACGCGCAAAACGUUUAAGAAAAAACAUGGCGGACGAGACGGAGCUUACAAUAACACGAAAACGGAGAGGCCGUUACCGAGAAUACAUGCGACAUUCCAAUCCAUAUAAAUUUCCAGCUGCAAGGAGACGAAAAGGAAACUUCCAAAAAGCGAAACAAUCGCCAGCUGUUACUCGCAAUGGCUUCAACAAAUGUGAAUCCGAUGUUCAAGAAGUGUUUUGCGAACAGCCACGUGAGCUCCGUUGUACUGUCGACACUGUUGAACUACUUCAAGUCGAGAAAACAUACACGUCGCCUGGCGAGGUCUGCAGCUACGAGCAAAUACAAGACAUGGAUGAUUCAAGCGACUCUGAAUUGGAAGACAAAGAUGACUUAUUGAGCGAUUGGUGCAUUAAAGAAAGGCACACCUGGUGCACCAUUUGAAGACGACCUUCUGCUGUUUCUUGGGGUGGAGUCGAUUGAAUGUGUCUCCUUUUUUAAGCGACUGCAAAUUGGUGAUGCAGUUUUGCAUUCGCAAAUGUAUAAGAGAGUGUCAAGGAGAAACAGCUUCACUGUUGCCUAUUCAAAAGGGGAAGGAACAAGCUAUGGGCAAAUUGAAGUUUUCUUUGUGCUCAAAGAAGAUCCCAGGAUGACCUGUGGGGCCAUCAUUGCUCCCAUGUCCGAGGCUGAUGAGGUGAUCUGUGAACGUCAUGCAGUUCUGGGGAGCCUGGUCGAACACAUUGUUCCUCUUCAGCAAGCAAGAAGGAACAUAUUUGACAUUGUCCCUUUUAAAGACAUCAUUGAUGUAUGUCUAUAUAUGAAGUUUUCUGAUAAUGAGGUGGGAUAUGCUGCCCAUUUCCCCAACCAUUUUGAAAAGGACUGAACAUUAUUUAACAAAUAGUUUUAAUAUGGCAAUCCUAAGGUCCUGAAGUUUAUUGCAUUAUAUUAUUUUUACUCAACAUAUAUCAAGACAGUGUCAUUUUACGUUUCCCAAGUGUAAACUGCAAGACUAGAUAAUUAUUUCAAAAUGCUUGAUGCUAUCAAGCAGUCUACCUGUGUAUCCUUCUCAUGAGUUAGAGGCAGUGCGAAAGAGGGCAAUGUUUCAAUGUUUUUCAUAUGAAGAAGUGCUUGUUAAGGCAAGUCUUGUCACCUUGUCUGGUCAAAGGCGUUGGGGUUACAACCUCAGAAAGUCACGCCAGUUUAAUCUAUUUUUUUAAGACAUAGAGAUUUCAAAAUAGUUUUCUUAUUUCUAGCGCACUUACAGCUCAAAAGAUUACAGAUUCCAGUUUGGAACAUACAGUAAUAUUCUAACAGAAUUUAAAUACAUUGAGUGAAAAUGUUAUUGCAUUUUAAGAAUUAAGUAUUUUAAGAAUUUAUCGCUUUAGAGAUUUUUUACCUAUGUAAAUAUGACGCACCAGUAAUUCAACUCUUGGGUUGGAAAGCUAUAUAAAUAAACUAUCUAUCUACCUAUCAAAGCAAUUCUUGUAAGGAAAAUCUUUUAUGGUAAGAAACUUAUCCUAUAAUGUCUUGAUAGUAUGCAGACAUCUUGUUUUACUCAUUGUCAUAAUGAGCAUCAUAGCAAUAUUUUUAUGCCCAUAGACGUCCCAUAGAACUAUUACAUGGGAAAUCUAUGGGCAACAAGAACACUAAGAGUUAAAUUACAAAGAGUUUUUAUCCCAUACAGUUCCCAUAGAAUUACGAUGAUGGGAAAUCUAUGGGACAUAUUUGACAUCUUUGUCAGCUGGUAUGGGUAAUCUAUGGAAUAAUACGGUGUGGAUAUACCAUACAAUAACCAUAGAUAAGGAAGAUUGAGGAAAUGUCUCAUUGCUAUGGGAUAUGUAUGGGGAAUGUAUUCCCAUAGCUCGUCCAUACAAUGGGAAGCAUCAGGUUUUCUUCCCAUAUACUUCCCGUAGCUUAAAAUGUGUCAAAAUAUAUGCCCAUAGCAGUUCCACAUCAUCAUCCAACCUUCCCAUACCAUUCCCACAUAUGGGUCAGAUAUGGCCCAAACUUUCCCAUAUCAUUACCAUACUUUUGCUUUGGUAAGGGUUGUUGUUGUGUGUCAUCUAUUUCUUCUUCACUUGCUUUCAUGCCCAAUGUAAAUGGUCUUCAGGAACCAUUCUGUUUUUGUUCCAGUCCCACCUGAUCUGUACUCCACCCAGGAGGGCCCCUUCCUGGUUCCCCUUCAUUCCUAGUUUCUAGGGGAUAUGGACUUCACCCCCUGGAGACGGAGCAGGACUCCUGUCCAAGGUGGCUACCCCCAGUACCACUCGAUCUUGUCUCCCCCCAGGAGGCAGGGCAUCUCUCCUGGUCCACUUACCCCUAGAUUUAAGUGCUUACCUGCCACCAAUAUUUUGCCCAUUACUUUCUUUUGAGUUUUCCACUGGGUAUACAACACAGAACUGCAAUGCAAAACCAUCCACUAAUUGAAAGAGUUUAUUAAGAAGUACAGUAUUCUCGUAAUCAAAAAGUCUGGAAACACAUCCCCCUCCAGAGUCUUCUGACCCUUUCUCUGGAUCUUCAACUGCUCAUGAGAACUAGACCAGAGAACAUAUCACUCCUGUCCUACAGUCUUUAAGUAGGCUACAUACUUGUGGAGCAGAGGAUAAUUUUCAAACUUCUUCUUUUCCUUUAUAAAUUUGUUAACAGUAGUCUCAUACCACAAUAUCUAAUUAUUCUGUUAACACCUUAUGCUCCAACAAAGUCACAGAACAACUGGAGAACUGACAAUUUGACAAUAGACGACUGUUUAACUGUGACAAUAGAUGGAUCGAAAUGCACCAAUUACUGAUUACGAGUCUUCACAGUCAAUAACAUCACGGUUUAACUGACAGACGACCAAUAACAUCAUGACAUAAUUGACCAAUCAGAUCAAUAACUACAGUAUAAUACCAUCAACUGAUGAGAUACAACUCACUUUGACUCUGAAGAUGACUACUUCACAGGUUGUCGAAACGUCAGUCACUGUCAACAACAACAGUCCUAUUCAGGACUACGUUCAGCUGGACGAUCAAACUCAACCUACUUUUGAAAUGACUCCUGGGUUCAAACCUUUCACAAAGUCACUUAGAUUAGCCUCUAAAAACCCUCUCAGUAUUCCUAGAUCUAACCUUAGUACAUAUGGAGAUGGAGCCACAGUUGUGGAAUUAACCACCAAGUCCUAUCCAAAACUCAAGUUCUGUUGCAUCAUUCAAGUCUUAUGUCUAAUUUGUCUUUCCUUUUCAAACAGGCAUUUUGUUAGUUGCCUGUUAUGGACCAUACAACAAGUUUUAUUUUAUUUUAUCUUUAUUUUUUCUCUCUCUUUUAUAUUAUUAUGGCAGGACAAACAUCUGGAUGCCCAGAGUAUUAUUAUUAUUAUUAUUAUUAUUAUUAUUAUUAUUAUUAUUAUUAAAUUCAGAUAAAUAUAGAUAAUUUCAUGUACAUUUGAUAUUAGUACCAUUUAAAUUAGUAACAUUUUAGACAUUUUGUAAAUGCAUUGAGGCGUAUACAAAAUGCAUAUUAAGAACCGCUAUUAUUAUUAUUAUUAUUAUUAUUAUUAUUAUUAAACUGUAUUAAGGUUUUAACUCUUGUUGUUCCUAUACUCAGGUGAUGACUCAGGGAAUGGCUACUUCCAGCUUCAAAAAUAGAUUGUUUAUCUCAGUUAACUAUGUUGAAGGUAAAAAUAAAACUGAUUACAAUUCUUACCUCAAAGCUUUGGCCAUGGCUAUCAAACAAGCUUAUUUUCAGAAGUACCAAUAUUUUACAAACUUUGUACGCAUUCAGUUUUUACAAGACAAUUAAAGAAAGCUGAGGUCACAAGGAAGAUUUCAUGUUCAGUGACUAAUCUCUUAACAUUUUCCCGCCAGUUACAUAUUUUAGCACCUUUUGCUGCCUCCCCAAACUGAUUUGUUGUAAACCACGGACUCUUGUGUAUUCAAAAAGAAAUUGCAGUGCAAGGUUUCGUAGUUAAGGUGGCUGAACACAGUUUUGCGGGUGGUCAGCGGUAACUCGCUUGACGGCGUGUGUUUUAAAUUACACAAACAAACAUGGCGGGAAAAAAAGCAGUGGUACAAAGAAGACGAUUUCUCAAAAUCUACUCGUUAAAAUUUUGUGAUAUUUGGCAGAACUUUUUCUUUUAUCGUAUUUUGAAUAAUGAGAACGUAAAAAUGGAAUUUGAACAGACGAAUUUUGUGACACAUUUAAUAAUUACAGUACAACUAUAUUAUUGAUUAUCUAAAAACCCGUCUGUUAAAAUUUGGUCAAAUAAGUUUCAAAUGGUAAUGAUUAAUUAUAGUAAGCUGUGUGCAAGUUUAAAGGAAAAUCUAAUGAGCGAAUUUUAUGUAAACUGAGCAAAAUUGAAAUUGUAAGGUUGUAUUCAAUCGUUCAUGUUGCCAUGGAAACUACGAAAACGUCACAUUUUACCUGUCAAUCAAAAUCUUUCAUCAGUAUAUUUUUCACUUGCCAAGUUUCAGCUUGUGAGCUGCAAACUUUCUCUUGCCAUUAUUUGGCAAAUGAGAUAUACUCACAAACUGCCAAAACUGUGUUCAGCCACCUUAAGUCAAAUGAGAUGACAAUUGUUGGCUGCUCCUUUUUAGUUGAAGUGGCCCUUGCAGCAUGUUUACGUCAGACGAGCAAAUUUCACCACCAAGCCUCAUUUUGAAAUUGUCAAGUUGCAAAGUUUUGCAUGCAUAAAUAUAUUCCCAAGGCAGUAGUGUUGAAUGGAAUAACCAAGCACAACAAGUGCAAAUGCAAAGAAUAAUAUUGUUCUUUCAGAUGAGGCGAGGUGAAAUUUGCUCAUAUGAUGUAAUCAUUGAUAAGGACCAUUUACCUUUAAAUUAAAAAGGCUUUUAGUUUAAAAAAUUGACCAUCAAUACUGAGUACUUCAUGUUCACUAAAUGCCAACAGCAAAAAAAAAAGGUAAACUUAUUUCAAGGGAUCCUAAUUUUAUUUAAUAACAUCACUUUAGUUAAUUCUUUAAGGUGAUUCCCUGGUUUUGCACUGCGCAUCUCUUACUGCGCAUAACAAGAUGGCCUCCGUAAAAAAAGAGCAUGAGAAGUAACAUUAUUAAAAUGAAGUUGACCGAAGAGAAACGCUAUUGCAAUUUUUGCUUGCAGUUGUUUCUUGCCGAGGUGAGACUCAAUUUGGUGGGAAUGUGCAUAACAUGAGCAGUACGCGUGUUGCUGGGUUCGACUUCCUCACGGAGAACCUCGAUAGUGGAUGUUUAAUUUGUGCUUAUUCACUUUGAUUUUCAUUUAAACGCUUUCUUUAUCACAUUGUGUCCUAAAUGUGAUAUCUCAAUGUAAAUUCUGUAAAAACGUAUUUUUUAAUACUUUCUUCCCCCUUUCGCAUACAUUCUAUUUUGAAAUUCACCCCAGUCCUCUCCCAAAAAUCAAGGAAAAUGCAUUUUGUGUGCACUCUCUGCAGCUGUACCGCAAAAACGAGUACGGUGACCCCCAUUUUUUAUUUCAUGAUUUUAAUAAGGACAGUGCUUCCUUUCGGUGAGAAAAAAAUUGGCACAAAUCUAUGUUCAGUUUUUUGGCAAUUUUACUAAAUUGUACUGAUUCAGUUAUCACGUGUCGAAUAGCGCGUGUCCAAUUUAAUUCUACGUUGGAGCGUAAAGAAAAAACAAGGGCAUUAAAAGGCAUUUUUCUGGUACGUAAGUGGAUAAACAAUACAUUAUUAAUGUCAAAUUCUGUGCGAUACCACAUGCAUCAUUGAAAAAAUCUUUCCUUUUUGUCUAGUUUUGGGCUGCGCGCGGUUUUGGUCAAAGGGUCCAAAAUAGCUGUAUUUGUCAGCAUUGUGACGUCAAAACGAGCACGGUGACCCCCACUUUUUAUUACCUUUUUAUCAUUUUCUUGACUUGUUACACCAGUGUACCAAGUUUCAUCUACAAUCUAUGUUAGGUUCUUUUACUAGGGAAUCACCUUAAUUUAUAAAUGGGUUUCCAACUGAAGACAACAUUACUGAAAUAUCAAACAGGAAUUUCAAUGGAAACAAGUUUUAAUUUUGACACUGAAUAUAGAAAAUGAGUUCUUAAGCAAGAGUUUGUUUGAAAUUGAAGUUUUCAGCCUACAGGUGUGAGAGUUGCCAGCUGUUUGAAUGAAUUAAUAUAAUCAUAUUUUUUUAUCAGGCAAGAUCUCAUUUUUGAAGAAUUUAAAUGAAGCUUUAGAUGUCAAUAAUACUUCAGAUCAAAGCAAAAGUGAGUAUUGUGAAUUUGUCAGCAAGUAUUUAACAGAUAUUUAUUGUAAGUUUAAGCACAUACACAUCAUCAUCAUCAUCAUCAUCAUCAUCCUUCAUACAGCAGAACACCAGAGUGGACAUGACAUUCAUGGAUAUUUCUUCCCGCACAACACGAUUCAUCUUUUGUAACCGGUUUAUGGUUACAAGAGACUAAGAUUUACGUAUAACACAGUUGAUGUUGUAUAUCAUAUACUUACAGUUAGGUUAGCUAUUGCAGUCGACUCCCGAUAAUUUGAACCUUCCAGGGAAAUUGAAAAAGGGUCGAGUUAGCAGAAGUCUGAGUUACCGGGAGUUUGAAACAAAUAACCAGAAAUAAGAAAAUGGGAUGGGGAAUGAAUGCAAGUAUCAUGCACACACUUCAAAACUUGAUAACUACACAGUGCUGGACACUGUAUUUAAACUGGACUGACAAAAAAGUAAAGACAAAGAAUACAUCGUUGUUAAAAUAAUUUUAGUGUUUCGGACUGCAGUACACUCUUGUUAGACUUGUCAGGCACUCUUAAGCGAACCAUGUUUUAAAAAGCAUGGUUGGAGUUUUCAAGGGUAAAUUUAUAUAGAAAUGAUGUGAUGGGAAACAAAAAUUACUUUAAGUCAGCAGGACGUUCGAGUUAUUGAGGGAUCAAGUUACCGAGGGUAUGAUUAUAGUAAUUAUAUUGAGGAAAUCCAGGGGAAAUCGAUUUUGGUUCAAGUUAGCGAUGGUUCAAGUUAUCGGGAGUUGACUGUAAUUUUAGUUUUGUUUCUUUUCUUCUAGUUGUUCAGUUAGUUAAAUCAAAGGAUAACAUAAAACGAUUACGACUGAAGAUGGAGUCAAAGGCUGCCAAGGAUUUUGAGUUUGAUGAUGGCAAGGUAAAAUAAAACUUUCUAAUGAUUUUUUCCGCUUGAAAAAUUGGGCCAGUAAAGCAAAAAAUGUCUAGUCAUUUUUACAAAUUUGACGAAUGUGCCGUAUACAGGUAGCUUAACACCAAACUCUACCUAGUCUUUGGCCAAUUUCGUUGAUAAAACGUUUGCAAUAAUAUUAGUGUAGUCAUUGUUUUAGAUUUUGGGUCAAUUUAAUCAAACUUUUAAAAAUUAUUUAUAAGUGUAGUUUUGAUUAUUUGUAAACCUUAUUUUGUAAAAGUUUUAUGAAAUUGGCCCCUGAAAACAAAGCUGGAAUUUUUACCAAAGUGACCCCUGUUAAUAUUUUAAGGUCCAUUUGUAGUACAAACAUGGAAGAGUAAGAAUUCAUGGAUGUAAUAUGGGUCCAAGUGUCACAGACUUCAAAUCAGGAGGUUGCUUACAGUGAUUUUGUUACAAAUAGUUGUGGUGAGUCCUCGGACUCAUCGAGCAAAACAUCGUGAGUCCUAGUCCAGAACCAUUGAGUUCCAGUUCAAAAAACAGUGAGUUGUAAACUGAAUUUUUUGGGCUUUUGUCUAAACAUGCAGACAAUUAAUCUGAAGACAGACUCAAAACUCUGUAUUACAGUUUACUGGACUAAUAAACUCCUGCUAUCGUAAAGCACAACAAAGACUAAAAGAAAUAUACCUGGUUAAACAACAGCCACGAGAACAGCCACAGAAAUCACACAAACAGGAUAUUCUACAAAAACAUCUUCAGGUCAAUUGAUCGACCUUUGCAUCCCACAGGAGGCAUGCCAUGAAUUAUUUUGUGUCUUUGGCACUUUUUAUGCAUCAAGGACACAGGACACAAGGGUACCAAAAUCACUGUGUUAAGCGGUUCUAAAUUUCUGUUCAUUUUAUCUAUUAUAUCUUCUGUCUCAGUCUCGUGAGGUUUUUUGUCAACUUGUUCAACAAAUGAAGAACCAACAUUCAGAAAACACCAAGAAUCAAGCAUCAGUUUUUAUUGGGACGUGGAACAUGGGUAAAAUAUUUUCACUAGCAAAAUGCAGCUUUGCCUUUAAGGUGGCUGAACACAGUUUUGCGGGCAGUCAGCAGUAACUCGCGUGACGGCUUGUGUUUUAAAUUAGACAAACAAACAUGGCAGCAAAAAAGCAAGGGUACACAGAAGACGAUUUCUCAAAAUCUGCUCUUAAAAUUUGGUGAUAUUAUGGCAGAAUUUUUGCUUUUAUCGUAUUUUGAAUAAUGAGAACUUUAAAAUGGAAGUUGAACAGAUGAAUUUUGUGGCACAUUUAAUAAUUACACUACAAUUAUUAUAUUAUUGAUUAUCUUAACACCUGUCUGUUAAAAUUUGGUCAAAUAAGUUUCAAAUGGUAACGACUAAUUAUGGUAAGCUGUGUGCAAGUUUAUACGAAAAUCUAAUGAUCAAAUUUUAUGUAAAUUGAGCAAAAGUGAAUUUUUAAGGUUGUAUUCAAUCGUUCAUGUUGCCAUGGAAAUUACGAAAACGUCAAAUUUUACCAGUCAGUCAAAAUUUUUCAUCAGUGUAUAUUUCACUUGCCAAGUUUCAGCUUGUGAGCUGCAACCUUUCUCUUACCAUGAUUUGGCAAAUGACCUAUACUCACAAACUGCCAAAACUGUGUUCAGCCACCUUAACUGGUGUGAGUUUCUCAGAAAAUAGAUUUUACGUCAUCAGUCAUGGUUGUGACUUUGAAAAUGGUGCGUCUAUCUGGCAAAAAUGGUAAUCAUUUUGAGUCGUGCCCACAACAGUAGGCCCUGGUAUGUAGUACAUGUAAGCAGUGGUUAUAAAAAUUUCAGAUCAAUUUAGGUUUCUGGGAAACUGCCCACCUACCCGUCCCCUAACUCAACAUUAACAUUUACGUCUCACUUGAGGCAAAAUGUUGGAUUAUUUGAUGGUUAGGUAGGCAGUUUCCCAGAAACCUAAAUUAAUCCAAAAUUUCUGAUGUACAAGUUGUUGUACUAAAGAUUACCCCAGUGGAACUAGCUGGGUGCACUUACCAUCUACAAGGGUUUUAUUUGAGGCUGUGGGGUCAAACAUUUAGACUGGUUCCUGACCAUGUCAUAUCUGGUACUUUGUUAGGCUCGAUUACCAGCCGCUGUUCGGGAAAAUGAGCCCACACUCAUCCCUCGAAAGAGUCUCUCUUCGGGGAGGAUCAAAGACCGGACCCGGGAGACGGUGGAAAUCGAGCCUAGUACUUUGUCACCAUAUUGUAUUUACAGAUUUCUUUUUCGUUAUUUAAGCGUGGCAUUGUGUUGUUUAGGUAGUUGCCACUACAGUCUAAAGAACACUGGAAAGUGCAUUUCCAAGAUUUCGAUUUCAAUAAUUUUCUGAGGGUUGGAAGUUGGAGUUUAAUGCCCCCAGAUCCCUAGGGACUCACAGCUUCGUCAUAGCCCUCAUAUUUUAAGAUGGGCUUGCUUGGCUGUUUAUAGUACACAAUGCAGCUAGGAUGAGCCAUGUUUAAAAAUGCUCUUUACAGUGAUGUUUUGUGUAUUUUUAGGUAAUGCUAAUCCUCCUGCUGACCUUAAAUCCUGGUUUAAGUGCCAGGGUUCUGGCAAAACCAUGGAUAGCUCUUUGGCUGAAUUUCCUCAUGAUAUCUACGCGAUUGGCACACAGGUACAGCGUGGGAUGCGAAGUAAUAUUUUCAGAUUUUUUCAGUUUCUUUGAAAAACAAGAUAUGGAAAUUAUUAUUAAUAUACAAGCCAUCAUGCACUUAUGACUUGCAGGCCAUAGUGAUAACUCCUUUGUUAACAUAGUAAAAUUCAAAGUGCUAUAAUGUCCUUCAGAUCUCUAUCAGUGAGUGGCAUAGAUAAAAUAAACAGCUAGAUUGCAGAGCACCUGGCCCAUUAAAUAUCUAACCUGAAAACUGCUCACACGGUCUGGCUGUCGUCUGAUUUACAUAAUAAAUUCUGAAUUAAUUAGACUGGGGGAGUGUGCGAGUGCAGGAGCACUAGUAUACCCUGUUCUAUAAGCACACUAGUUACUUGACAUGGACUGCGGGAGCACUAAUUGUAUUUACAAAGAAAUUUACAAAGAAUGUACGAGCUCAUUAACGUUUUACCACCCAGUAAUUUUGCAGUUUUCAAUUGCCGCUAGUUUCUUUGUUACUGAUUGCAAAGAGCUGAAACUUUCACAAACUGCAUAAAUUAACCAGCUCUUUUAGUUUUUGAAUCUAAUUGGUAUAUACGGCUACAUGUUCUAUGGGUUAACUCGCAUGCUAAUGAGCAAAAAUGUAAACAAUGACGUCACGAUAAAUCUGCCUAUUAAACGGCCAGUAAUCAAAGUCCUGAAAUAAAUAUAGAAAAGAAUGGGAAAGUAAACCUCCCUUUAAGUCCCAAUAGUGAACAACAUCAAUUUUCUCCUAACAAUAUCCAUAGAUUGUCAAGAGAUAAAGUUAUGAGAAUUAAUCAAAUGAUCACAAAGAGAAAAAUCUCUGAUCUUUUAUCAAUUUCUUCCCAACUAAUUCUGUAAGGAAAUGUAUAGAGAUCAGUUUGGAGAAUUUGUUUGUGGGGUUAGGCGGCCGCGACCACCUUUUGACCAUCCCAACAAGAGUUCUCCCAUUGUUGUCGCCUUUAUUAAGUGGUCACUAAGCGCUUAAUUCACCUAGUUUGGUUUUAUUUCAAGAAUAUAAUGAAGGAAAAUACAGUCUUCAUAGAAGGUGACGACUGACGGUGGACCAAUGCUGCUUCCGUUGCAGGUUCUAAAUAUGCUGAUUUAUGGCGAACCUCUAUUAUGCCGCCACUUUCCGGUACCCCGACGGUGGCCACUUGAUAGAGGUGCAACUGUAGAUUAUUUUCCUUCCACUUAACUUGAAUCAAUCUCACUGUUCCAGGAGUGUCCAAUCGGUGAAAAGGACUGGAUUCUUAGAAUUAAGGAGCAGCUGAAAAUACUAUUUCGAAACAAGGAAUUCUAUUUGGUAUGUUGGACAUAAGAUUUUGUUGGUUAACAAAGUAUAAUUGUAAACGUUCAGUGUACAAGUCCAUGGCAAGAAUGGUUGUUUCCCUUUAAAUCUCUGUUAAAAAGCAACAGUUUUAUGUGAUCAAAAACUUGGAGCAUUUUAAAGUUGUUUUUAUUUCAGGGUAAAUGGUCAGGAAUUCACAGCAAAUGUUGAUAGAUCAGAGGGGCUGAAUUUCUCUGUUUACUCCUGUCUAAGGUGUAACCGGUCAAGUCGCCCGACAGUCCUCUCGCCCAAAGUCAUGUCGCCCUAAACCAGAGUUGUGUCGCCCGAAAUUUUAAUGAAGAGUGUAUGUAAUAUAUCUCGCUCUUUAAGCGAUAGUGAAACAAAACAAGCAGGACAAUUGUGUAAUAAAGUUGAAACGAAAUGUUGAAAGUUAGGAGCGAAGAAGUUAACCUUUUUUUAAAAUGCAUUGUACUCACUUAGUGCUUUCUCAUUGGCUACGAGCCUACAGUUAAUUUUGGGAAUCAGCGCAACCUACAGAUUAGAUAUGUGCUCGCAGAUUAGUGACUAUCUGUAGGUUGCACACACAAUGCAUGAUUUUGAAAAGCGGUUAUUAAACUCGGUUUUUGUGUUUUCUGAAAUAGUCAAGGUUUCAGUAAGUGUUAUCAGCCUUAGUUUUGGGCUCGGCUGAAAACAAAGUUUCCCUCGACCUUGAUUAUUCCAGAUAUCACAAAAGCCUCAUCCAAUAAUUAUUUAAUAUUCUAUAGUAUUUCUUAAUUUUAGGUCAGCACCUGCUCAUUGUGGAGUAUUAGAUUAGUUGUCUUUGCCAAUCAAGAUCUGAAACACAUGAUAUCGCAUGUUCAACAGUCUAGUGUCAAGACUGGAAUAGCCAAUGCUCUCGGUGAGUUUUCAACUUCUUUGGGAAAUAACUUUAAUUUUUUUAAUGUUUAUGCAGUUGAGGCGAAUGAUGGGAAGACUCUUGCUUAGUCUCUGUACGGCGUUUUCCCAGGCCCUCUCGGUCAAUUCACUCCGAUGACGUGUCCGAAGCGAAAGGGCAGGAAACACGUCUUCGCUUGGACCACGUGACCUGAAACGCUUUGGCCGCGCGAAGUAAUGAGGCCUAGGGACUAGGCAAGGAAGACUCAAGCCACAUACAGCGUUUCCGCCAAGCUGCUGUUCUUUUUUUCCUAAGUCUUUUUAAUGACUCGUCCCUUGUAUAGACCUUAUUCACGAUACCCACCAUCUUUUCACGCGUUUAAGGAAUGAUGGGAUAAAAACAAUGUCACGUGGUUUCUCAGGGGGCAAAUAAGUGAAAAAAGUGCCAAUGGAAGAAAUCGCGGUAGAGUUUGUUUAUUCUAGACAACAGGAAAUGAAGACCUUUUCAUCUUAAAGACGAUAAUGUCAAAAUAUGGGUGGAAGUGAUCAUCGUUACCUUUUUGUAUGCAGUAGCGACCGUAGAUGUCUUCAUGGCGAACAGUAAUGACAUAAAUCAAGCAAACAAGAGAAUGAAGUCGCCUUAAUAAUUCCACCCAGGUUAACAGACAAAAUGAAAAAAAUUAGCCAAAUCUCGGAACCAAGCAGACUGCAGGAUUUAGGGAAUUCCGUCCGUGUGCAAAUAAAGAAAAAGUAAUUGUAAAGCUUAACAUGUCUUAGUGUUGUAAUGGGAUACUAGUGAACUUACGCAACAGGACGGGAGAGGGAAGAAGACGGCAAACCUUGUGUGACAAGCGUGACAAUAAUUUUGUUUGAAAUAACUUUUCGCCAAAAUUCACUUUCCUUUAAACAGAUCUUUUUGUAAAAGACCAGAAAACAUUGAUGUUAAGUGAAGAUCACGACAAAACACGUAAGAAAUAGCCUUGUCACGUUUGUCACACACAAGCAUUUUGCCGUCCUCUUCUUCCUGCCGUCCUGUUGCGUAAACUCACUACUACCUCGUCGGUACGGCCAGUUGGUAAUGGAAGGCCUUAGAUAACAAUGACCUCAACCAGCUUGGCGUCCAGCGGUUUUAGUGAGAACAAGGGUUUGGUUGGGGUGCUCAGUCUCGCGGACUCAUAAAACCUGGUCUCGGUCAUUGUGAUUGGAAGGAUUUUUGUUGGUAACGCUCUAGCCUGCAGGCACGCUUGCCAUUUUGAGUGGUGGGCAUCAUAUCCCCCAGAUAGAGAAUAUUGAUACUGUGAUUUCACUAAGAGGAGCAAGGGAAGGUGCAGUGGUGAGGGCGCUCGCCUCCCACCAAUGUGGCCCAGGUUCAAAUCCCAGCGUCGACGCCAUGUGUGGGUGGAGUUUGUUGUCGGCUCUCUCCUUUGCUUCGAGAGGUUUUUCUCCGGCUACUCCGGUUUUCCCCUCUCCUCAAAAACCAGCAUUUACAAAUUCCACUUCGACCAGGAAUCAGGUAGACGAAGAAUCACUUUGUGGAUGUGCUACCUCCAAAUCAUUAUUUAUUUAUUAUUAUUUAUUUAUUUAAGACGAUUCCCCUGUAUACCUAAGAUGUUCAUUAUGUCUUCUUCGAUUUCCAGGUAACAAGGGAGGAGUGGGCAUUUCUUUCUCUCUUGGACCACUGUCCCUGUGUUUUGUAAACUGUCAUCUUGCAGCAAGGGCAUCUGAGGCCAGAAAGUUAAGGUUCGUGUUUGGUACCUACGUGGAAUAUUAUGUACCCAUAGAGGGGCUAAAUAGCUCAGCAGAGGCAGCAGCGACAAAAAAUAAUUGUCAUGACUGUCUUUUAGAUACCUGAAACACAACGAGUUUGGCAGCAGCACUGAAAUGAACCCGGAACGGAUGAUGUCUUUAUAUUCGCUAUUAAAUUUUAAAAGACUUUGUGUUUAGUUAAAGGCCAUUCUCCGAGCCAUCAAAGUCUAUCUGAUCCUAACGGAAUUCUUCUCCAAUAAUUGUAGCAAUUUUAACAUCGUGAGCCGUCAUUUUGAAUCAAGCAUGACUUCAUUCUGUGCAACGUGGAAUUGGUGAGAUGAUCAAGAGGCCAGAAAAUUUGAUGCUGUUGCCAUAUUUUCCAAUGAAAUUUGUAAAUGGAGGUGGCCAGUUAAAAACGAUCGACUACCAACCAUACUGAACCUGCGAGCAAGCUCUCCAUGGCGCUCUUUUCGCUCUGCCGUCAGAGAGCCUCAGCAGAGAGCUUGCUCGUAGGCCAAACAAUACCAAACAUUCCUACCACUUGAGCAUCUCACCAAUUCCACAUAGGCUCGAUUAUCAGCCGCUGUUCGGGAAAUGAGCCCGCGCUACUCCCCCGGAAAUCGAGCAUACAAUUGCACCUUGCACAGACUGAUGUUUAAAACUGUGCAAUGAACUAGGCUUAAAUUUAAAACCAGAAAAGGUUAAUCACCAUAUCAUUUGUGUCAAUUGCAGGCGGAAUCAAAAUUUUCUUGAUAUUCUUAGUGGACUGAACCUUGGUAUGAAAGGUGUGUUUGGUAUCACACAUCAGUUCCAUCAUGUCUUCUGGUUUGGUGAUCUGAACUACAGAAUAGAUUUGGAUGUUAAGGUGAGGGCUGAGAGUAUAAUCUGUGGCUCAAUAUCCACAUACUAAUUCCUCAAAGAAUUAGUUGCGAGAAUUUGAUAAAAUAUCUAAGCAUUUUUUAAAAAGAUCCAUCCUCGGAGACUUAGGGGCAGACACUAGAGAGCUUUAGAUUCGAGGAGGACAACGACUACGAAUACAAGAUUUAACUUAAACUUUUUGCGCGUGUUCUAAAAAAAAAGACACCUCGAAAAGCUUCAUUUUACUUUUUUUUACCAAAAAAGUUAGCAUGGUUAUCUAUACCUGAAGGAGGUUGAGCCCUUUCCCAUUAGCAAAAUGAUAAAACUUCUUACAUUUGGUAAUACUUACAAUACUGGACUCUAAAAUCCCUGAAAAAUGCAUGCCAGUUUAUACCUCUAAAAUGUAGCCUCGGCUGGCAGGGGUGCAAAAGGAAUCCAAAAUCUGGGAAUAUUGAAGAGCAAGAGGAAUCUUAAAUGUGAAAUCCUUGAAGAGGGAGGAUUUCUGGAAUGACGAGUGGUCGAAGUGACAGAGAUACUCGGAGAGAAAUCUGGAUUGUAAAUUCCUUAACAAGCCAGGAAUUUGAAAUGAGAAAUGGUUUAAGAGAGAGAGACUAAUAGACGAAUCUGGCUUGUGGAAUGCUUGAUUUGAAGACAGCUUCAUCUUCGUUUUGACUUUUCCAUAAGACAACGACUGUCUUUAUUGGACAAGAGCAACGUUGGAGAACAAACAAAAGCAGGUUGCGUUUUGAGGCAGAUGUUCAAUUACUGGAUCAAAUACCACUGCUAUUACAGUAGCACACCUGAUAUCAGAGAUGUGUAUUUAAGAAAUUCAUUUUAGUGUCACUGAUAUUUGGGAUCAAUUUAGGUUUCAGGGAAACUGCCCACCUACCCCUCCCCUAAGCCAAUAUUAUCACUUACUUCUCACUUAUGGCAAAAUGUUGACUUAGGGUAGGGGUUAGGUGGGCAGUUUCCCUGAAACCUAUAUUGAUCCGAUAUUUGUAUAGUUUCUUGGUGUUUUUGUUUAGGAAGUGCUGGCUAGUGUCAAGUGUCAGAACUUUAGGAAAAUGAAAAUUCACGACCAGUUGAGGGUGGAGAAGAAUAAAGGGAAUGUUUUCCUUGGAUUCGGUAAGAUUUGUGAUUUUGUGCGUGUAAACCCAUCCUCGGAGACCUUGGGGCAGUCAGUGGGAUCGGGAGGAACAGCUACAUUCUUCCGCCCAUCCUUUAAAAGUGUUGUCGGCCCGUUUAUCCAGACCUGACUGAUUGUUGAUUGCAUCGUCCGAGUUCAAAAGAACAUUUACCUGGAAACGAGGCAUUGAGGGUUAAUUAUCAUAAAGACAAUAAUGACCUAAUUUGCUACUAAUUUGGGAAAAAGGUGUAUUGGAAAUGCUUUGUUGGCUUUUUGUUUCCCGUGCUUAGGCUUGUUGCCAUUUGUACACUGAUAUUUGUAAUAAUUGAGUAGUUAGCAAGGCUGACAUGGCACAUUCCGUUUUAAUUUUUUAGAGGAAGAAGUCAUUAACUUUCCACCAACAUACAGGUACAAACGAGGAGGUACCGAGUACAUCUCGGAGAAAGUCAAGAGAACCGGGGUAGGCAUACUUUGUCUUUAUUACGUUUUAGAAUAGAGUGUUUUCACAUGACGUUACGGCGGCCAUAUUGGUGUUCCAGAACAAUGAAACGGCGGCCAUGUUGGUGUUUCAAACAAAUCCUAUGGGAGUUGAACUCUUUUCUUAUGUAAACCUUUUCUUUUGUUCCAAUAAAUUUACAUAGAUGCUGGCCACGUGAGUGAAAACGCUCUAUAAGUUCUUGUGGCAAUUUAUAGCAUUUUUAUGUUUUUUUCGUAAGUUGCGUUAAGUUUGCCUAGAAAUAAUGAGUUCAGUGCUGCUAAAGGUUUUUUGACGGCAGUGGAAGUGGUGCUUAAUGAACUUAAAGAAUUUGCGAACUAAUGGCUCUUUACUUACUGAAUAGAUUCGUUUUAGGGAUUAAAAGUAAUGUUAUGUAUUUUGCAGGUGCUGACCAAUGUACCAUCGUGGUGCGAUAGAGUACUUAGACAUUCUUUCCCACAGACCAAGAUCACUUCCACUUCAUAUGGUGAGUGCAUAUACUCCGCAGUCAAGACUUCCAGUAGUUAAGAUUCUAGAAACUUCCCAACAUUGCGUGACAAAUAGUGCAAUGUGAAAGCACUGCUGAAGAGGGCCAUACCGUAGGAUUGCAUCCACAGACUUGAAAGUAACAACUACACGUACUAAAUCAACUGCACCAUGUGAAAGUACUGCUGAAAAGGUUUCAUUUGAUUGGUAAUACCAUAUAAUUUUGCUGGCUGAUUCAAGAGAUUUAACUCCGUUGCAUGCCUUUAUGAAGUUGUCAGGGUGUCAAAUGAUAAACACCCUAAGGAUAUUUAAUGUUUCCCUAGCCUAGACGGGACAAACCCCUUUAUAAAACUGACAGCUAGAGUUCGUCCCUGCCUACUAUUCUGUCUUAUUAUAUGACUCAAUUUGCGAGCGGGAAAAAUUGAAGUCAAUCUUGUGUUGUGAUUGGCUGCCCGAUAGGGUAAGAGGGGCCUAUCCUGCCCGCUCGGGAUUUCCCGCAUUGGUCCCGCAAGGAAACGUUUUUAUGGUCAUGUAAUUCUCUGUUUCACUGUCACGCAAUCAAAAUUAUAAAAUGUAAACCAUUACAUACAGAAAGUCGAGAAUCUGGGAAAUGAGAAAAAAAUGUAUACAAGGCAGUCCCCCCCCUCCCCCCGCCACUGUACCGGUUUCCGGCGUAGAGUUGAGAAUUUAUCCCAGGCAGCUAGUUAAUGUAUCUGCUCCUUUUUUGUGUAGGUUGUCCCGUUUAUAUCAGGACGAGUGACCACUGGCCUGUUUUCUGUACAUUUGAUAUGUCCCUGCCCUUCACUGUUUCACCAGGUAUGUUUACCUGUUUGCUUUGUUGGACAGUCGAACCCCUCUGCAAUAAAUUCCUUGGACCUAAAAGGGGGCUAUGCCAGGAGUAUACUGUUGGUUUACGUUUUGUUCGUUGCUUUCUUUAUUACCAAAAUUUACGAUCGUAAAAGCUAGUAGUAAUGAGACCCAUUAAAGGAGUAUUCAUUGCUUACUUAAUUACUUUUAAGGUAAGGUACACCCGCGUAAGUAGUUUAGUGUGUAUGAAAUGAGACCCAUUUAUGCCGUGUUCUUUGCUCACGUUAUGACCUCAAGUUACCCCUGUGUAAGUAGUGUAGUGUGUAUGAAAUGAGACCCAUUUAUGCAGUGUUCUUUGCUCACAUUAUGACCUCAAGUUACCCCUGUGUAAGUAGUGUAGUGUGUAUGAAAUGAGACCAAUUUAUGCAGUGUUCUUUGCUCACGUUAUGACCUCAACUUACCCCUGUUUAAGUAGUGUAGUGUGUAUGAAAUGAGACCCAUUUAUGCAGUGUUCUUUGCUCACUUUAUGACCACAAGUUACCCUGUGUAAGUAGUGUAGUGUGUAUGAAAUGAGACACAUUUAUGCAGUGUUCUUUGCUCACUUUAUGACCACAAGUUACCCCCGCGUAAGUAGUAUAGCGCGUAGGUUACUUUAGCAUAAGUAGUAUAAAGUCUAUACAAUGAGACCCAUUUAGGAAGAAGGGUUCAUCGCUCACUUUAUGACCUCAAGUUACCCCCACGUAAGUGGUAUAGUUUUAAUUAAAUGAGACCCAUUUAUGCAGUGUUCUUUGCUUACCUUCUGACCUUACCCCCGCGUGUGUAGUAUAAAGUGUAUACAAUGAGACCAUUUAGGAAGAAGAGUUCAUUGCUCACUUUAUUACCUCAAGUUACUCAAACAUAAGUAGUAUAGUGCGUAUGAAAUGCGAACCAUUUAUGCAGUGUUCAUUUGUCACUUUCCGACCUCAAGUUACCUUAGUAUAAGUGGUAUAAAUUGUAUAAAAUGAGACCGAUUUAUGGAGUGUUGUUUGGGUUCUAUGUCAUUUGAAAUUAUUGUCUUUUUUUCAUUAGAGCAAACUAUUCCAAAGAGUCCGCAGUCCGAAGGAUGUGAAAUAAUAUUUGCCAAGAUCAGUGCAACGGUGCGGUAGUUUUUCUGACAAGUCUCUGUUAAGACUAAAUAACUCUUGAACCUUUAGUUGACCCGUUUGAGAGCCAAGCAUAUCGGACAUUUUCUAUAUUAGGUUCGGUCAAGGAUAUAGUAGAGUCGUGAAGUAAACCAAAACCAAAUCCUUUUUCUCAUGUGUUAUGUUAAGUAUCAAUCUCUGCACACGGAAAAGUAGGUUGAAAAAACGAGGGACAGUCGAGUUCAUUUAGACUGCCUCCAAGGUGUAAAAGUGUUUGAAUGUUGGGUGAAACACCGAGAAGAGUGUUUUAUAUAGCUUCUGAAAGAAACAAAAGAUCUUGAAGAAAUUUCCAAACUAUUACGGUAACGGAGAUUCGAUAUCCAAACCACUGCCCCGAUGGUGUGAACUCCUUUGUUAUUCCUUCAUGAAUUAUAAUUGAGUUUGUGAAAUAGUUUUCAUUUCCAAGUUAUUCAAAGCCUGAUUUUCAAAUCGAGAGUAGGUGAAAAAUCUUUGAUAUUACAAUGUUUUUUAUUCUCAUUCAAAUGAAAACUCAUUUAGAUAUGAAAUGUUUUGCCCUUGGCCUCAUUUUGAAAGUGGGGAUUUUGUAACUUGUAAAUUACCUAUUGAUUACCUGUAUACUUAUUGUUUUCCUUUUUUUCAACAGAUCAAAACCAACAGUAAAACUCAAUUUUAUAUCGAAUUUCACUCCACGUGCUUGGAAGGUAACUGCUUGCUAUUUAUCGCAACCAAGCAAGCUCACUUAACACAUCGAUUACACUUGACCAUUAUCUGCACUCUUAAAAAUCGCAAAAUGUCAAAAAAAUCAAGGAUCUCUAAAAGUGUAGACUGUAGGCAGCUUUUGUUGAUCCAUUUUUGGGAAAAUGAAGUUUUAUGAAUCCCUUACCCUUCUUGCUGGUGUAAUUAUGAUUAAAUUUAGACCGCGAUAGAGCCUCUAGUAGGUCAGUGGUUAGAGCGUCCAAUUUCUCAGAGUUUUUCAGAGUUCGAAUCUCAUCUGUAGAUAGGAAAUCUUUCGGAGCAUUCCGUCGUUUUCUCCUGAAUUAUUUGGAAUUUUUUGGGAUGUUUCUAGGGGAAAAUCUUCCGUGUGUGGUAUAGAAAGUAAAUAUUGCAUCACCCAUGCGUUGUUAGUUUUGUCUUUACGCUAGACUAAUACGCUAGCGAGACGUUUUUGUAAGUUGGCUAAGUACUUGGUUUCUUAAUUUCCUUAUUUCCUUAUUGUUUCUCUCUAUUUUUGAAGAGGUGAAAAAGACGGGAAAGAAUUCUACUGUAAGGUUUCAUAAAUAUGAAAAGUCGGGAGGGCAGUAUUCCUGUCCUGAAUGGAGUGAGAGUGUUAUUCCUCCUGUAAGUAUGAUAGUCAUUACAGAAGUUGUAUUCAUCGAACGUUCUUGAAUUUACAAUUGUUUAUAUUCAUUUUUUGUUGAAAAAAAUCAAGAGACAUCAGUACCUUGAUUAUUGUUUCAAUGUGUAAUCCUCUCCUACGACAAAGCUCUCGACUCGCGGAUUGCAAUACGAGGGAAUUGAAAGGCUAUUGUGAUUGUGAUUUCUAUGAAAUUAAAGUUUCUUGGUGCUAAAGGACUGGUCAAAAAGUGUUGUGGGAUGGGCUGGAGCAUUUGGAAUUGUAUAUAUUGGCACCAUCCUCGGAGACCCAGGGGUAGAUAGUAUGAUAUUCAUCCCUGGGUAUUGUUAUUCAUGACAUCAUAAUAAGGUAUGGGCAAUCAAUCUCACCUGGAAAAGCCCAAGACAGACUGAAUUGAAUAUAGUAAAAUAUCUACAAUAUGACAGAUCCAGCCUAGGAUCUCAACUGCCAACGGGUGAUGGCUUAAGAAACAAUCCCAGGCAUGUGGUUUUUAUAUAUAUGGAGGCCAGUAGCAGUGAACUCAUCAGAGACCCAUAACCUUAAAGCCCAAAGCGGAGGUAAAACGUCUGACAACGAAAACAUGUUUCCAUUACACAUUCAACUCUCGUUUCCCUCCCAGUCGAGAACUCCAUCGACACUAACCCACAACUGGCAUAUUUUAGGUUGCAAAUACAGGAAGUGUUUGACAAACCCCAAACCCACUCCCGUUUCCGUUUUCCGCUUCACUAAUUAUCAUUCUUUUGUAUUGGGACAGGCGUAAGGUUUAAAGGCAUUGAUGGCAUACCUCGCCCCCACAAUCUGCCCCUGGGUCUCCAAGGAUGUAUUAGGACUAGAGUAGGGUUUAAAGGCAUUGAUGGCAUACCUCGCCCCCACUAUCUGCCCCUGGGUCUUCUAGGAUGUAUUAGGACAAGAGUAGGGUUUAAAGGCAUUGAUGGCAUACCUCGCCCCCAUUAUCUGACCCUGGGUCUCCUAGGAUGUGUUAAGACAAGAGUAGGGUUUAAAGGCAUUGAUGGCAUACCUCGCCCCCAUUAUCUGACCCUGGGUCUCCUAGGAUGUGUUAAGACAAGAGUAGGGUUUAAAGGCAUUGAUGGCAUACCUCGCCCCCAUUAUCUGAUCCUGGGUCUCCUAGGAUGUAUUAGGACAAGAGUAGGGUUUAAAGGCAUUGAUGACCUACCUUCACCCAAACAUUCCUCAAGUCCCCCGGCUGGAAAACGUAGAUCUCGUUGUCAUGGUUUGUUAGACUUACGCAGUUUUCAGUCUGGAUGGGCUAGGUGGUAUCAUCCGUCCGCAAUUCAGGCAGCCGCGAUGCUACAACAACAACGACGAUAAUCUUUAAUUUUUUCAAUAUUCAUGUUAUUCAAAAAAUUGCACGAGUUCGCAAUAGCUAGUGCUAAUCUUGGCGUGCUAGUCAAUUUACGUUUGGGGAAUAAUUUUAUUCUGUCAUGUACAUGUUUGUCCAUGUAUGAAACAUUAUAGUUUAUCUCCCGUUUAAUAGGAUAUCAAUUUUAAAAAUUAAGCGUCUGCGAGUUCUCCCGUCAGUCCAUGGCAGGGACAUUUUGCCGGUCAUCCAUACUUAUUUGAAGAGACAAUAGGAAGAAACGUUUUUUUAAAAUACUCUGAUUGUUGUUGUUGUUGUUUCUUUUUUUCAGCUACAUCCCAUAAUAUCGGACCAUAAUUUCCUGAUGGAGCAGCAUCUGUUACUUGCCGUCAAGUCUGCUGAUAAUGAUGAAUCUUACGGUAAUAGCAGUGACGAGAUUUAGUUACUUAUGUAUUUAAUCACUUCCACCAUAUGGUGCGGAACACACAACAGAGCGGGACUCCAAUUUAACCCACCCAGCCCAGGAAAGGUUGGCCACACCACCGGAGUCUACUUCCCAAACUUUUUUCGAACAGUGGUGUGGGUUCUUUUACGUCUCCCAAGAACCAGAUAAGUGAAAGUGCUGUGAGACGGAACGUUCGGUUUUUUCGUCCUUAUCCGAGAAGUUUUAUUUUAUUUAUUUUAUUUUAUUUUAUUAGAUUCGCCAAUUAUUGACAGGGUCACCGCAACAGCAUGACGCCAAUUACUGCGGGCCUGUAACUGUCCCUUCCCCAAUGAGAGAUAGACCACCAUACCGGGGACUACGUACCCUACUCUUUACGAACAGUGUGUGGGUUCUUUAACGUCCCACAGAAUUUAUAUAUGCAAGGGUUGUGAGACGGGGCCUACGGUUUAUCGUCCUUAUCCGAGAAGACUAGAAACUCUAACCGUUUGCAGAUGUCUUUACAAAGGGAGCACUUUCUACUCAGUUAUUUAAAGACCCUGAGUGUUGGUCCGGCCGAGAUUCGAACCAGUGGCCUCCCGCUCGGCAGACCAGCGCUUAUCCAACUGAGCUAACCGGGCGGCGGUGUUUAGAAAGUUUAGAAAGUCUAGCCGUUUGCAUAUGUUGUUGUAAAGGUAGCACUUUCUUCUUAGCUAUUUAACGACCCUGAGUGUUCUUCCAGCCGGGGUUUGGACUAGCGCGCGCGCGACCUCCUGCUCCACAGACCGGUGCUAUCCCAACUGAGCUUACCAGGUGGCGGUGUUUAUAUCCGUAUUUAUAUCCGUUUGCGAUGUGUUUGUUGGAUUUUUGAUCUCGAAUCAAUGAAUUAUUCCUGUUUUUUGGGCGAUUAAAGUGUUGCACUUCGACUUGAGGAAAAACAACAUGGUGGCACUAAACAAGAACGCGUAGUUCAAAUCGAUUUUAUAUUCCUUUCUGCCGUACGAAUAUAAGAAAGUUUGCUGUUCCAGUUCUAAAUACUUUUUUUCUAUCUUGUUACUGAAUUCAUAACUUAACUCAAUCUCUGUUUAGCUCCUAUUUUUAACUCCGCGAAUUUCAUUUUAUUUUACUUAUUUCUUUGAGACUGGGAAGCCCAGGCUUCAUAAGCCCUCCUGGUUUCUUCUGGGCUGCCUUGCAACCUUUCAAUUCCUAUAUGUAUUCUUGUAUUGUAUUAUAUUUUGGCUAAAUAAAAAUGAACUGAACUGAACUGAACUGAACUGAACUGAACGUCUUGCUAAAAUUUGAAAUCUCGGUAACGUGAAACUGCAAACGCGUAACUGCAAACUGCGUUAUGCGGUUUGCCAUGAAAAACCUGAUGCUAAAGGUCUCUAAUCUGUGAUUACCACCAGUUGAUACUGAUAAUUCUUUUUCAUUCUACAGGAGAAUGCUGUAUAGCCCUAAGGACCAUGAUUAAUGUAAUUCCACAGCGGAUACGAGGGGUUGUACUUUCUCACCUUGGGGAAAAAACGGGAGAAAUUACGUGAGUUCUCGCUAUUUCUUUUAAAAAAAUGGCAAUAGUGUAAUUACAGUAAACUGCAAGAACAAUGGUAAGGUAACUGUGCAUUAUGAACCUCAGACGCUUGUAUGAUCAGAGCCGACGAGCAAAAAAGCAAGAGCGGUGCCAUUUUUAAAGGUCGCUUCACUUUUUUUACAUUAGGGAGCUUAAGCAACACGGGAGACGACGGUUACGAAAACGUCCCUUAAAAAGUGAAUUCGCGCUGCCUCAAACUUUAUCGCGCUUAUUCCAUGUCGUUUAAUUCGCCAAAUGUUGGCCUUUUUUUUUUUUGCCACAACAAGUAUUGACAUACAUAGUAGUAUAUACAUAUAGUAAAAUAAAAUCGCACAAAAAGUCAUGCAAGAUAUUUGAUAUCAAGUCAAGGGAUUCUACAUUUUACAAAGCAACUGAAAAACGUGGAGAUGUUGGCAACUUUUUGGGAGUUGAAUAUCAAAGUUCAGGAAAAGAAUAAGAAAGUUGUUGUCGUGUGUUUCCGUCCUCGACAAAACGUGAAAUUAGGUACUUUCACGCUGUAGUCGUACAACGAUGGCAAAGAAAUGUACAAAAGAGCGUGAUACACGUGCAGAGAUGUUGUUUUGCUAAUCUAAACCCAUUGCAUUUUUUUCGUUCUCAUUGCCGUCGCCGUAGUCGUUGCUUAAGCUCCCUUGUAAUACACCACGUUGGUCCCGCAAGAAAAAGUUCUUUGUUUGGUCAUAUGAUAAAUCCGUUAUUGACCACGCUUGUUCGGUCAGGAUGGCUGAAAAUUGGCCUCGCCCUUUUUUGCGUUUACUGUAAUUGACCUCGACUUUGUCAAAAAAUAACGUGGCCAAUAUCCAACCAUGUUAACCUCAUGCUUGGACAAUAACACUUAUAUCUUGACUAUCAUACAGCCAACACAACGUGGUCAUGCGUCCGUUUGUUUCUCAGAGUGGAGAUGCAUGUCAAGGUUCCAGACAACAACAAUAUGCCGGAAUCUCCAAAGCCCCUUGGUAAGGCACAGCUGAUGGCAGACUACUGUAGUCUGUAUAUACGUAAAAUACGAAAAAGGGGCUACAUUCAAAGGGAACUGUCAUGUUUGGGGGAACGAAACACUAAACACUUAAUGACUGGUCGCGAGGGAAACAGUUAAUUUUGUUUCUCGAGAAUCUCACGAGGGACCAGUCUUUAAGUGAUUUGUUAUAUUGCUCGGAAGUUUGAGGCUGGAAAUUCAUUAAACCUCGCUGUAACGGCGGUCAUCGGUCAUCAUUCGCGGGUAACAUUGCAUUGUUACCCUCUCACGUCAUAGAUUUUUGCAAUGUUACCCGCUCAGAGAUUUUGGCGGGAAACAGUUUUAUUGUUAGAUGUCAUGUGAUCUCGAAGUAACCAAUGAGACCGCGUGCUGUUGAGAAGAAAUUUCUAGCUAUGUAACAAAAUGAUUUAAUAAAUCUUCCACAUGGAAGAAAUUCAAAACUUCACGUUUCAAGUGCUGGCACCCCUUCAAAACAAAUUGAAAGUUUUCUCUUUGGGGCUAAAGGGACAGGUCCUUUGAAAGUAAUCGGUCUCAGAUUCUCAAAUGCUUCCCUCAACAAACCUUUUUAGCUUGUGUUUUAUUUUACCAAUUCAAACCACGUGAUGUUAUUAUGUCGUUUCAUAAAUUACGCACACAUACCCGUGCGGAUAGGGCGACAUUUAAAAGCAACAGUUACCUAAGGUGACAACACGUGGUCUGAAACAUACAGGCUAAAAGGUCUAUGGGCCCAAUUCACACAAACCGUCAUAAUAGGGUUUUCGAGAUGCGGGAUUUGUCUUAUUUGAAGGCCAGUAUUCGGAAAGCUAAAGCAAAAUGGGGACGAGAUUCGGGGUUGAUAGUAUGCAUUGCAUGCGGGAUACGGGACAUAACCAUCGGGAUUACGCGAAGUUUUAGGUCGGGAAACGGGAUCGAAGAUCCCUAUCAUGGACAGAGACCCUCCCAUAUUUGUCAGUAUGCGUGUGAGUGUUGAUGGGAUAAAAAUGUCGUAUGGGCCUUGAGCGGGCAAACAGUCGUUAUAGGCGGCCAUUACAAGCGUCUAUUGUGAGGUCUUAUUAUUGUUUUGAGAGAAUGAUAAAAAGUAAUAUUUAUCUUGAUUUGUGUAUGACAGGGCUCGUUUACCGUUUACCGUUUAUCUCACCGUAAUCACUCUUUCAUUGAUCGCGGCGUCUCGACUUUGUACUGCUGUUCUUCAUAAGGCAAUAGAAGAAUUCAACAGCCAUGAGUGAGGUUCGAAAUGCACCAGUUACUCACAACCAGGGUGCUUUUUUAUAGUGCGCAAAGCAAAUCGGUACCAUCGUCGAUGAAGAACAGCAGAAAGCGGUCGAAAUAUCGUGUUUAAUGACAAUUUAUUAUCGUGAGUGGCAAUGGUUCGUAUUUAAAAACUAAACGGUUAGUAAAAGAGUUUUUAAAACGCAUAGUAUGGUAGGUAGACAGUUUGACACGAGGCAUUAUAGAUAAGAUUGGAUGUCCUGUAGAGUAUGAAACUUUUCUAAAAAUUGUGCGAUCUAAGUGAGUAACAUUGCUUUCCUUAGCCCAGAUGCGUUCCUCUAGCGAAUAUGAACUGCAUUUUUAAGAAUAAGUCCAUGUGUUUCUAAAGAGAGAUCUUAAUAUUCAUUCGUUCGUUUGUUCGCUCGUUCGUUCUUGCCAUUAACCAAAAAUACAAAUACAUUAAAGAUAAUAUGCAAUAUUCCAACUAAAUUAUUUACCAGAUCAAAUGUUUAAAGUGGAAAAGGCAAGGAAUCCAAUAUAGAAGCCGGGGGCUUAUAAACUAUAGGCUUCCUGGAACUGUAGGGAAAAUCAUGCAAGUUAAGGGUACUGAAUGAAAAUUGGGAUUAAUUAAAAAAAAAAGAAAAGAAAAGAAGAGAAGAGAAGAAAGAAAACGAAAAGGUGUGUGGCUCAACAAAGAGUCAAUUUAACUAAGAAAGAAGGAAUUUUUUAAAUCUUUUGCCAAACAAACUGAUACUUUCACUGUUUUGAGUUUCCCGACUUAGUGAGUUGAAAAACGUAGGACCUUGAAACCGAAUUGAGAAUUUUCGAAAAUUAGUUCGACAAAGAGGUAUAUAGAAAAGGCUGGAAUUUCUUGUAUUAUAAGAAUGUAUCUGGCUUGCAAUAGUACACAUAUCACCAAAAUAAUUAGGAAGGAAGCCUCUUUCAAAAAGAUACAUAAAUUUACCUAUUUGGGAUAAAUAUAUAUAGGGAUACAGUCGACACUCUGUUAACGGACACCUCUAUAAGACGGACACCUCUAUAAGAUGGACACCUCUAUAAGACGGACACCUCUGUAAAACGGACACCUCUAUAAGACGGACACCUCUAUAAGACGGACACUUAGAGUUGGUCCCUGCCUUUCUUUACUCCUUUUAUUUGACUUUCUAUAAGACGGACACCUCUCUAAGGCGGACACUUAGUGCCAGUCCCAAAGGUGUCCGUAAUAGAGAGAGUUGACUGUAACCUCUAUCCUCCUUAGGAGUAGUAAUGGCUACCUGUAAAAAGUGUAUCUAGUCGCUAAUGUAUGUAUAAGGACACCAUUUCAUAAGAAUGGGAGAGUUCUCUCAAGUUUUUGGGCCAUUUUUAAUACUAUUUUGUUAAUUCUUUUUCUUAGAUCUUAUUAAAGAGGAAGUUCUUGAAGAGGGUAGGUAGUGCAAAUUGUUUGCGCAUCCAAUCUUCAUUUAAUAAUAACUGAAAAACAAACAAACACAUUUGCUAAAAACCGUACGCACGGCUGUUUGCAUUGUCGUGUAAGGAUGUGAAUGCGAUGUCGAUCGAGUUCUUUUCCGUUUUAUUUUAACGGGCCAUUUCUUUAACAGAAAUCGUCUCCUUUCCAAAAUAUUUCAGUUUGUUUACUUUAAAAGAGGACUAUAUCGAUCUCGCGCAGGCCGCCUGAACCUUGUCUAAGGCCUUGUUCGCACUACGCAAAAAUUUGUUUGUUGGCAAAACAUCUGUCAACGGGAAGCAAUUUCUAGUACGAACGAAUUUAAGCUUUGGCGUCUAUGGGGCGUAGGAGUGCGCUCAAGGUAGAACGCGAUAAUUUGCUGUAUUCUUUAACUUAAGAUGUGUUUGCCUGUCUUCAUUCGGUGUUUGCUGUUUCUUUAGUAAACAGAAAAGGAUCAGUGAAGUAUCCUCAGACCCCAAAGCGUAGAAGUCAUGUACCAAUCAGAGGUUAGAAACUUAUAAACUGUUAAAUAUUGGGAAAACCGAAACUUGCAUUUGGUGCUGUAUACAAAGUAAAAGAUCACAAUUUAGUCAUUAGGAUUUUCGUCAUACUCUUAUUACUCUUAUUUUCAUCUUACUCGAAUGGGGUUGGGGGGUGUGGUACUUUCUUGUUGGAUUUUCAGCAAAAAAUGGGGUUGGGUUUUCAGCAGAGUUACUAGAAUGGGGUCGCACAUUUUCGAGAUUUUGGGGGUAAGGAAAUCCUGGUAAGUAGGUAUUUAAAAUGGGAUGAUUCGCGACUACGUUGUGAUGGCAAAAAUUACAUUUGCAACGGCACAUACCCAGCAAAAAUUGACCCAAUUAACCCCCUCCCUCCUGGGUUCAUUUUCUUUCACUAUAAAAGAGGUUUGUGUAACUUAUUCACUGUUGUUUUUACUGUGAUUUUCAGAGACUCCUCCGUUACCUGAGAAGUAAGUGUUAGUUAGAUUUCUACUACUCGUAUUUCGAAUAUUUUGUUGCGUGUUGCUAAACUCUCUGUACAGUGCACCUGGAGAAAAUUGUGCCCCGGAUAAAAUUGUGACGAGGAAAGGCGUACCGCAGACCUUCCAACUCUCACGGUUUGGGCAGUCAACUCACGGUCUCACGAUUUAGCCACCAAAUCUCACGGUGAAUCAGAAAAUCUUAAAAUUGCCAGACAGUUCCGGUAGGAACCGCGUUAUUUCAAAACACCCGUCGUGAUAAUGGACGAAUAUUGUAUCAGUCUAAUUAAUAUAGGUAACAGCAUGAUUUGUAGUGAUAUUUCGAAAUUGUCAUACGAAAUUGUUAUACCGUUAUUUCGAAAUUGUUAUACGUAAUUUCACGAGACAAUUUUGAAAUAUCACGAGUGGUAUUUAUGCCAAAUAUCACCUACAAAUCAUGCUAUUGUUUGUUUAUACUACUACCCACAGAAGGUUUGUAAUUUUCACAUGUAGGUAUUUCAAAUUAAGCUGAAAUACCACUGCUCUAAGCCAAUCAAAUUGCAGAAAUUUCUCAUGUAGUAGUAUCAUGGGGGGGGGGGGGACCUGAGUCCAAUUCCAACCUCAUUCCCGUAAAACAUAGGUUCGCAAAGGUCUGUGGGAAAGCCCUUAUAGCAUACUCAUUUGGCUACUCGCCUUCCUAUCGACCUGGAUACUAAAACAGUAUCUUCUCAUCGCUGCCAAGAGAUCUACAAGGCAGUAUAACAGAGAUCACUUAUAGGGUAAAGAAUACCAUGACAAAAAUAAUCUGCCUCUUUGGUUUUAUUUGAUACAUACGGUAUUUUGGAACUCUCCAGGUCUGAAGUCCUAAUAUCCAGGUUUUUUGGGGCUUUUUUCCAAACACUUCAUGUUUGCAUGGUUUAGGGCUUGGAAGGUCUGGACGUACCGUAAAAUGCCCCUUUUAAGCCCUCCCUUAUAGGCCCAUGUACCUGUAAAUCCGGCUACUUACCAUGUUCUCGUUAUCAGGUGGUAACUGCUAAAAUUUGCCAUCUAAAACAACACUUCUUACCGCCUGCAACCGCUUGAAGGUUUGCUAAAAUUAAAUAAGUUGUUUUAAAAAAUGCGCAAGUUGUGAUCCGAUCCCAUCAAGCUAAUGAAUGAAUACAGCUAUUUCGAGAAAGGUUGUCGCCAAAAAAGUGCACCCGACAAUCCCGAAAGGUAAUAUGGGAUAUGAUCAUUACACUGUAGCUAACGACUGUAGCUGUCGAACCUGCUUUUUUUGCUUUCCUUUAGCACUCGCAAACAUAUGUCCAUGGCCUCUCCUGCCAUUCUUUCAAAUUUCUUUGUAGAGGAGUGAACUCAAAACCAGCCACAAUACCUCUCGGGGUUGUCGCGUGCACUUUUUCCGACAACCUUUCUCGAAAUAGCUGUAUAUGGACAUGUACUAAAGUAUACACAGCUUUCUCUUUUUUUGGGCCACGCAUUUUGGAAACAGAGCAUUUGAAGACAGAGUAAAAUUAUUGGAAUCAAACGUUUUAAAUUGUUGUCUAAAGAUAACAACGGCUGAUUUGUGUAAAAUAUGUGGGAAUGACCUUAGCUUCUAAAUUUCACGGCGAGGUCGAGUUCAUGUCCCUCACCUCACUACCCCCUCGCCCCAGGAAAGUGCACCUCUGGCACAUUUUUUGGCCUUACCCGCGAUGAAUGGUCCCUUACCUGCUGAGCUAAAGUUUUGGGAGAACGCUGCUAUUAUCUCCCCUGGAUGUGAGUCCCCCGCCCUCCAGCUUGUACUAAAUCGAAUUCGAUUUAUUAUGACGGUUUGAAGCUUAAGGUGGCCGGUUCCUAUUUACAUGCGUGUUGGUUAUGUUUUUGAUUCGCGUUUUUUAGAAUAAAAGAUUCAACCGAUUUCUACGAUUUUUUGCAUCCUUAAUAAAUAAUGAUGGAACUUUAAGAAAAUGUUAUUUAUUUUCUUAUAGGUAUAAAAACUUUUGAGAUAUCGGCAUAUAUUUAAAACCUCAUUUUUACGAAAAAUGAAAUUAACUUCGAAAUCCCACGACAGAUUUUUCCCUGACUUCAGCAAAUAAGCCUCAGAGUUCUUUAGCUCUAUUAUCUGUCGUGGGAUUUCGAAGUUAAUUUCAUUUUUCGUAAAAAUGAGGUUUUAAAUAUAUGCCGAUAUCUCAAAAGUUUUUAUACCUAUAAGAAAAUAAAUAACAUUUUCUUAAAGUUCCAUCAUUGUUUAUUAAGGAUGCAAAAAAUCGUAGAAAUCGGUUGAAUCUUUCAUUCUAAAAAACGCGAAUCAAAAACAUAACCAACACGCAUAUAAAUAGGAGCGAGCCACCUUAAUUAAAAGCCAGUAGACGCAAAACGUACUUGAUCAGCUCUGCGAUCAAAUGCGUCCUUGAUCCUCUCUAACUGUGUUCAAUUAUUAUCGUGUUUUGGAACAGGCAAGGAACCACCUCACUAGGCGUUCCCCCAGCAGUUCCAAAACGACACUCAGCUCCUGUACCGGAAUCCACAAAGGUGAGAAUGGUGUAUCUUACUCUACGAUAGCGGAUCCAAGGAAGGGACCCGGGGGGACCCGAUGCCUCUCUUAUUUUUAGACCAAACUGAGACCCGAAUGGCCGAAAAAAAAUUUUGGAGGUUUAGAACCCGGUGUUUGGGGAAAUGGUUUUCGGGGGCGAAGGAUGGAAAGAUCAGUAACUUGCUUGGGCAACGGUAGAAACUACCAAGUGGUAGGACGUACUUCGUUUAACUCUUUCACUUCCAAAACUAACCCAUCAAAGUCAACAUUUCAUCCUAUGCUGAAAUAAAUGUCGAACCUUUACCUGUAAAUACUGUUAACGACGUCUUAAGUUAAUGGGUAAAUGGUCAUACUUCAGAAACCUACACUAAUAACCGACAAAAGCAAUGAAAUAACGAAUCGUUCAGCUAACAUAGAUUCUCUUGAUGGAGAUUAAAUAAUUCAGUGUCAAAAUGUAUUCACUGUUUUGAUUUGCAGACAUCGAAAGAUCCUCCGCCACUUCCUGUCAAGGUAAUUUCCAUUUGUCUUUCUGUCUUUCGUUCCUUUGUCUGUUGAAUUAACCAAAACGGAGACAGCAGUGAAACCGUCACGUGAAGAGGAGUUCUGCUGCUUACUAAUCGUGUUGCUUUUUUGACGUAUAUGUUGCCAUCGCCAUCGCGUUUGCUUAGCUCUCUUCUUAGUGAACCGUUCGGUCGCGUUGUUUCCCUUCCGCGGCACCUGCAACGAAACACAACCCACUCCGUACGUAGAGCGCUGGACUGCGAAGCGAAAGAUCGUGGGUUUUAUUCCCGAGACCGGACCAAGUCUCAGGGCUUAAAAAACUUAGAGGAAGGAGGUACUGUUUUGCCCUGUAAACGCCUACACCUUCACGUGACUCGGAUGACUUCGUAAAAAUGAUGGCUCUGUCUAUAGAAGGACACGUAAAUUGGUGUCCUCAUUUAGUGUUCACGUACUAAUAAUGACUUUGGCUCUCGUGUGAUCUGAAUAAUUACGCAAAUCGAGGAGGGUGUUGUCCACCUAUACCAAAACAACUAAGCCAACGUAAACCUCGUCCCCAGGGCUUCUCGGUGGAAGCCACUUUAUCGCAUCUCGGAAGCGUCUUCAAAAAUUUGCUGUAUGAAGAACUAGCUGGGCGAUUUGAAUGACCAUAAAAUAUUGUUUAUUGUAUUUUUCAUUGCGUGUAAACAGUAUUGCAAAUUGUGUCUUACCCACUAUUGUUUUGGUAUUGUGAUUUAGAAGUCCAAACCUCGAACAGUUGAGGAGCUUAUGCAGCGUAUAGGGUUCUCCCAGUACACUAGCAGCCUCGUCGAUUAUGGUUGGGAUGACUUGAAAUUCCUGGGUGACUUAAAUGAGAAGGAAUUGAAUGAGGCUGGUGUUCCGGAACAUCAUCACAAAAUGGUUAGGUUCAACUUUGCUUUUAAUAAUGAACAAGAUUAA